GUGCUUUAAAUGUAUGGUGUGGAUCUGCUUCAUAGCAAUGGAGGUGCCCAUUCCCCAGUUUUAGUCUUCUCCCAUUUUCUCAGGGGGUUAGUUCUUAAACUGUUCUGGGAGAAUGAUCCUAGUCUAUAAUGUUCGUAUUUUAUGAUGCUAUUGGAAGAAUAUAUAUUAUAAACAGAUCCUGCUUCUCCAAACUUUAGGAACUGGACCUUGAAAGAAUGACAGCGAUUUAGAUUUGCAUAGUAGCAUUUAGAACUCUCUUCUUCUGAGGAAAAGAAUUUGCAGUGGCCAAUUUGCCAUUUUGUUGGAUGCAAAUUGGAAACCCACUUAAUCAGUUCUUUCUGGAACAAAUUUUUAAGUUACAAAUUAGUGGAGCAUAAACUUGUCUGUUUAAAAAAUGGAUUACCUGUGACAUUGAGCUUGCAUGGCAGGUUCUAGCAAAUUUUCACAGGCUGUUUAUCAUGACUUGAAAAUUGGAGCUUGGUGCCUCUUGAAUACUGAACAGCGGUGCUUGCUCCUUCCUUUUGUAAUCAGAAAAGGGAGAUUUAAUUUUCAAAUGCAAAUGAGAAAUAUUUGAAUUGUGCAUACUCUACAAAGCCUUUAAUUUUUAAUUUAGAACAUCUUAAUAUUCACUGUGCUGUGCAUAAUAAUUAUUUAAAUUUAGAGAUGCAUAUUAAUGUAUUUACUGAAAUUUGCAGUCCACAAAUGACUUGCACUCCAGUCCUAACACCUUAGAUUCUCUGCAUGAAUUACAUCUAAUAUCCAGAUGGCAGCUUCGUAUGUGAUCUUUUCUUACUUAAAAGUUAUGGGGCGGAAUCUGAAUUGGUAUCACAGUACAUGUGGAGAGAAGUUUUAAUCCUCAUUCCCUAGCUAUGCCCCAAUGAAACAUUUUAAAAAUAAGGCCUUUAAAAAAAAAAUCACAGAGAGAAAGAUAAGUUUCUCUUUUUUGGGGGGGGGUCUUAACUGGGGAGGGAAAUAUGAAACCUCCCCUCCCCACACAUUGCUGGCCCAAACUAGAUCAUGUCCUCUGCACUUUCUUUUGAGUAAGACGUAAACCCAUACUUAGCUGCAGGCUACACAUUAAGUGUAAUGUGUCGUUUGACCUCAGAGAAUAAGAGCCAGUGUAUAUACAUCAUUUGGGACGUGGGUGGUGGUGUGGGUUAAACCACAGAGCCUAGGACUUGCCGAUCAGAAGGUCGGCGGUUUGAAUCCCCGCAAUGGGGUGAGCUCCCAUUGCUCGGUCCCAGCUCCUGCCUACCUAGCAGUUCAAAAGCACGUCAAAGUGCAAGUAGAUAAAUAGGUACCGCUCUGGCGGGAAGGUAAACGGCAUUUCCGUGCGCUGCUCUGGUUCGCCAGAAGCGGCUUAGUCAUGCUGGCCACAUGACCCGGAAGUUCGGCCAGUAAAGCGAGAUGAGCGCCGCAACCCCAGAGUCGGCCACGACUGGACCUAAUGGUCAGGGGUCCCUUUACCUUUUAUAUACAUCAUUUAGUGAACCUGCUCCUGGUGCGUACCAUGUUGUGCUAUAUACCAGGGUGACAGGUAAAAGUGCUGUCCUAUGAAACAACCUCCUGGUACUCAGGAAGCUAGCACAUGGGGAAGAUGGCUAAGCUAGAACCUUGUAUCUGACAUGCCAACUCUCUCUAUGUGGGGAUUUUUAAAUAUGAGGCAAAAUUCAGAAAUGUGAUUCUCCCACUUGCAAUCUGAAAUGGUACAGCCCAGGAGCAUUUUUUACUCUAUGACUGUGCAUUUAAAUGCAGAUUAGCUCUCAGUCACUAUCUUAACUCAACACUUGAUUGUGGUCCCUUCAACCUUGGAAAUAAGCUCCAUUGACCUGUGUGGCAUGACUUCCUUGCACAUAUAUAUAUUUGAUUAGGACUGAAGGAGCUCCGUAAAUGUUCAUGAGACCAGUGGGCUAGAUCUGGAGGAAGCCACUUGCAAAACACUGUCUCGUUUGUCAAUGCUUAAGCAGGGGGGAGAAACAGAAGUUCCAGGCUUCUGCAGUCGCUGCAGAUUGGGGUCAAUUAAACUUUCAGAGAAAAGUGGAAACGAGUAUAAAAGGUGGAUAAUUGUACAGACAGACAAGUGCCCUUUGGAGAGAUGUUGCUGUCGGCUGCUGCCACAGCUUCAGAGUGGCGUUUUAAAUUUCGUGUGCCACAGCAUAGCAGAGUCAUUGGCGUUUUAGUAAAUGUGACAUUAGCGCUCUAGACGUUAGUGCCAAACUGAUGCUAAAUGUGUCGUUGGAAAGUAUGGCAGGGUUCUUCCUGCCGACUCCCUUAAAUUAUGCAUUUACGCACACACUCACACACUUUACAUUGGGACCACAGCUGGGACAAGAAAGGUUAAACUUCCCUUCCCCACCUGUGAUCUCAAUGGAACUCAACCCCACACACCUGGCGCUCUUGUUAGCCUAAUUUUAGCAGCAGCCUUCAUUUUCUUUGUGCAAGGAAUGGAGGAUAAUUUGACCAAGUGGCUUCCCACCUGAGACAGCUUCACCAUUUCGUUAGGAGAACAAAGCCAUGCCCCAUUAAAACCAGGGCAAUGUGUUAGUUAUGAAUAUCAUCUGUUAUUGUCAAUGGGAAUUCAGUUGGACGAGGGCCUAAAGUGUUGAUUUGAUAUAAUUGAGUUGCUUUAAUUGGGAAUAGGUUUCAUUAAACUGGACAAAAAGUCUGCUGAAAUGCUGUUCCACAUGAUACCAAGUAAGUCAUUAUCCUUGUUUUUGUUACGCUGCUAUGUUGCUGUUUUGGCUCAGAUUACAUUUCUAUAGAGGAAUCAGCCAGUACCUGAAAACAAAAGGUAGCAGAUUUAUUGAUGUUUUUGCCCCUGGGUUCUUUUUUUUAAAAAAUACAUCCUGUGAAUUAUGCUUUUUCAUUUCCGCUUAAGUAUAUUGCUGGCAUCGGGGGCGGGGGGGGGGGACACCAUAAGAAAAGAAAAAUAGGUGCAACGAUUGUGAUGUUGAAGACUUCUGGGGUACAUUCAUUUCUGAGCUAUGCAAGGAUGAAUUCCUCAAUGGAAAAGCAUUAAACAAAUGUUCUUGAUAGUUAGCUAGGAGCUCAAAUACAUUACAGGAUGCAGAAGGGUCUAACCUUGAAAAAGGUAGGCAUUAACUGAAUGGGCAGCGGUAUAAGUCAUGGGUAGGCAAACUAAGGCCCGGGGGUCGGAUCCAGCCCAUUCGCCUUCUAAAUCCGGCCCGCGGAUGGUCCGGGAAUCAGCGUGUUUUUACAUGAGUAGAAUGUGUCCUUUUAUUUAAAAUGCCUCUCUGGGUUAUUUGUGGGGCCGGCCUGGUGUUUUUACAUGAGUAGAAUGUGUGCUUUUAUUUAAAAUGCAUCUUUGGGUUAUUUGUGGGGCAUAGGAAUUCAUUCAUUCUUUUUCAAAAUAUAGUCUGGCUCACCACAUGGUCUGAGGGACUGUGGACCGGCCCCCUGCUGAAAAGGUUUGCUGACCCCUGGUAUAAGUGAUAGUCAUGGAUUAGGGCAUAGCUGUCAACUUUUCCCUUUUCUUGCAAGGAAUCCUAUUCGGAAUAAGGGAAUUACCCUUAAAAAAAGGAAAACAUUGACAGCUAUGGAUUAAGGGGGGGGGAGAUUCAGGUGUCAGAUUAAGCAGGCAAAACAGGGUUUAAGGCACACAACACCCUCCUGCCUGAUAAAUGUGCCAGCUUCUUAGCUUAUGGCUUACUCAGGGAGGAAUUUCAUGUGAUAAAUCCCCCCACUUACUUUCUUAUUAUGUAAAGCAGUGGGGGGGUGUGGAGAGAAUUUGUUUAACCCUUUCUUUCCUAGCAAUUUGUCUAUUCAAAACUGCGCGCGCACACCCCCACUCUGUUUUUCAUCCCAACGGAUAAAAGGGAGUUUUGCCUGGGUUUUUGUUUUUGUUUUUUUACUUCUUUGGGGGAGAAGCAACUUUCAGAGAGGAAAUACCGUAUUUUUCACUCCAUAAGACGCACUUUCCCCCUCUUAAAAUCUAAGGGGAAAUGUCUGUGUGUCUUAUGGAGUGAAUGUGUGGUCCCUGGGGCUGGGGGGGGGGAACCCGGACUUCCCCUGCCAGCCCCGACCUGCUCUUUGGGGCUGGGGGUGGGGGAAAGCUAGGCUUCCCCCACCGCCAGCCCUGCCAAGCUCCUGAGCAGCUCUGGAGUAGCCCACGAAGCCUCCGCAGGGCAGCGGGGAGGCUUCAUCCCGCUGCCCUGGGGAGGCUUUGCGCAGAUAUCCCUGGCUUUUGCGGGAGGUGGGGGAAGGGACAGAGCGAGGCUCUCUCACUUCCCCCACCUCCAGCAAAAGCCCCCAAGAGCCGCAUAUAUUUUUUCUUGAAUUCCCCCCCCCAAAGUUGUUGUUGUUGUUGUUGUUUAGUCGUGCCCGACUCUUCGUGAUCCCAUGGACCAGAGCACACCAGGCACUUCUGUCUUCCAUUCUCUCCUGCAGUUUGGUCAAACUCAUGCUGGUAGCUUCGAGAACACAGUCCAACCAUCUCGUCCUCUGUCGUCCCCUUCUCCUUGUGUCCUCCAUCUUUCCCAACAUCAGGGUCUUUUCCAGGAAGUCUUCUCUUCUCAUGAGGUGGCCCAAGUAUUGGAGCCUCAGCUUCAGGAUCUGUCCUUCCAGUGAGCACUCAGGGCUGAUUUCCUUCAGAAUGGAUAGGUUUGAUCUUCUUGCAGUCCAUGGGACUCUCAAGAGUCUCCUCAAGUAGGUGCGCCUUAUGGUCAGGUGCGCCUUAUGGAGCGAAAAAUAGGGUGACACCUACUGUACCUGAAGCCCUCUGCACCAGCUUUACAUGACAAAAGCAAGCCAGGAUAGGGGUGUGGGAAAGGAAGACCUGUGCAACUGCAUUGUAAGGCAGUGCUGAAAAAGUAUACCAAGCAAGGCUUUUUUUUUCAGCUGGAGCACACGGGAUCUUAGCUCCAGCACCUCUCAGAUGGUCAUCAUUGCCAUUCUAAGAGAACAAGGGUGAGCUCCAACACCUCUUUUUCUUCUUCUGAUUUGGAUGUUUUCUCUUGCUCCGGUGGGUAGGACUCAAACCAAUGGAUUCAAGUUUCAAAAAAGGAGAUUCCGACUAAACAUCAGGAAGAGCUUUCUGGUGGUAAGAAGUGUUUGAUAGUGGAACAGACUCCCUCAGAAGGUGGUGGACUCUCCUUCCUUGGAGGUUUUGAAGCAGAAGAUGGAUGGCCAUCUUUCUUGGAUGCUGUCUUGGACUGUCUUGGAGCCAGUGUGGUGUAGUGGUUAAGAGUGGUAGACUCGUAAUCUGGGGAACCGGGUUCGUGUCUCCGCUCCUCCUCAUGCAGCUGCUGGGUGACCUUGGGGUAGUCACACUUCCCUGAAGUCUCUCAGCCUCACUCACCUCACAGAGUGUUUGUUGUGGGGGAGGAAGGGAAAGGAGAAUGUUAGCCGCUUUGAGACUCCUUCAGGUAGUGAUAAAGCGGGAUAUCAAAUCCAAACUCUUCUUCUUCUUUAGUUGAGAUUUCUGCAUUGGCAGGGGAUUAGACUAGAUCAGGCUUCCUCAAACUCGGCCCUCCAGAUGUCUUGAGACUAUAAUUCCCAUCAUCCCUGACCACUGGUCAUGGGAAUUGUAGGCCAAAAACAUCUGGAGGGCCGAGUUUGAGGAAACCUGGACUAGAUGACCCGUAGAGACCCUUCCAAUACUAUGAUUCUAUGAUUCUCUGUUUCCAGAGCAUACAGAUUCUCAAAAUUAUUCUUACUUCCAUGGAAUGCUCUGUCAUUAAAUUCUUAGUUUUAUGCAUACUUGAGAGUAAGCCCCAAUGUCUCAAGCUAUAAAUGGCCCACUGCCAUUUUAAUAAUAAUAAUAAUUUAUUAUUUAUACCCCGCCCAUCUGGCUGGGCUUCCCCAGCCCCUCUGAGCGGCUUCCAAAAAAAUAUUAAAAUACUGUAAUACAUCAAACAUUAAAAGCUUCCCUAAACAGGGCUGCCUUCAGAUGUCUUCUAAAAGUCUGGUAGUUGUUGUUCUCUUUGACAUCUGGUGGGAGGGCGUUCCACAGGGAGGACGCCACUACCGAGAAGGCCCUCUGCCUGGUUCCCUGUAACUUGGCUUCUCGCAGUGAGGGAACCGCCAGAAGGCCCUCAGUGCUGGACCUCAGUGUCCAGGUAAAACGAUGGGGGUGGAGACACUCCUUCAGAUAUACUGGACCGAGGCCGUUUAGGGCUUUAAAGGUCAGCACCAACACUUUGAAUUGUGCUCGGAAACGUACUGGGAGCCAAUGUAGGUCUUUCAAGACCAGUGUUAUAUGGUCUUGGCGGCCGCUCCCAGUCACCAGUCUAGCUGCCGCGUUCUGGAUUAGUUGCAUUUUGUUUUAGCUACACCAGGCAUCCUCAACCUCGGCCCUCCAGAUGUUUUGGGACUACAAUUCCCAUCAUCCCUGACCAAUGGUCCUGUUAGCUAGGGAUGAUGGGAGUUGUAGUCCCAAAACAUCUGGAGGGCCAAGUUUGGGGGUGCCUGAUCUACACUGACUGUUCUAAGAGGAUGAGGAACAACUAGUUGUGUGUUAUUCCUAGUGCUUUUAAUCUUGUAGUGUUCAGUAGGCACUAAAUAUCAUCAUUGCCGUCUGUUCCUGUUAAUUGAAAUUAGCUGGAAAGCUCUAUUAAACGUCCCAUUGCCUCCUUAGACCACCAUCUUUUUGAUGUUUUGAUACAGAGGGCUGUGUCCAACUAAGUGUUGCUCGGAGUAGACCCAUUGAAAUUAAGGGACCUGUGUUAAUAAUGUUCAUUAAAUUCAGUGGGCCUAUUCUGAGUAUGACAGCUACAACCCAGUGACCCAGAUAACGGAAUUCUGCAUAGCUGAAUUCUGCCACAUCGUGGUUUGUUUCCUUUUCAGACCAGAGUCGGUUCAUUAUGGUUGUUCAGCAAUAUCAGUGAAAGUCUGAUCAGCUGUAUCAUCUAAAGCAGUUUUUCUCAACCUCUGGGUUCCCAGAUGUUGUUGAACUACCACUCCCAUCACCCCUAGCUAGCAAGGCCAGAGCUCAGGGAUGAUGGGAGUUGUAGUCCAACAACAUCUGGGAACCCACAGGUUGAGAAACGCUGAUCUAAAGUGAUCCUUGCACUGAUGUUUCAGCUUUUCCAUAAGCAGGAUAAAACAAUGUGAGAUACCAAUUAUAAUAAUAAUAAUAAUAAUAAUUUAUUAUUUAUACCCCGCCCAUCUGGCUGGGCUUCCCCGGCCACUCUGGGCGGCUUCCAAAAGAAUAUUAAAAUACUAUAAUACAUCAAACAUUAAAAGCUUCCCGAAACAGGGCUGCCUUCAGAUGUCUUCUAAAAGCCUGGUAGUUGUUGUUCUCUUUGACAUCUGGUGGGAGGGUGUUCCACAGGGAAGGCGCCACUACCGAGAAGGCCCUCUGCCUGGUUCCCUGUAACUUGGCUUCUCGCAGUGAGGGAACCGCCAGAAGGCCCUCAGUGCUGGACCUCAAUUGUGAGGACUGCAUUUGAUCCUGUCAUCCUACUUGCUUUGCCUUUUUCAUCCUUGCAGGAUUGCUUUGCAAUAAGACUUUUCUUCUUUCAAAAUGGCUCUGUAAAUGAUCUUGCUUUUCAUUCAACUCUGAGGUUUAUAACUAUGACUGAUUCACACACGCAGUGAUGUGAGGUGAUAUGAAUGUUGGGUUUGUGGUGGCACAUCGCUUGACGUUGCAGUCAUCAAGUGAUAAACAUGUUGAACCAGGCCUAGGAUUUUAGCUAAUUUAUAGCCAAAUCCCAUUCAGGUUUACUCACAAAUAUAUCCCAGUGAGUCUAGUAAACAUUAGACGCUAGGAUUUCUUUCCUGGUAACCAUACUUAAUGAUAAGAACUUAUUUUUGAGUACACACAUUGGAUCCAAUGGAAAAGGGUCCUACCAGAAGUCUUUUUAAUUACACAUUGAUGAUUAUUUGUGCUGCUGAUUCUUUCACAAUCCCACUUGCAAUAUUAAUUGUAGCUGAAAAAGUUUUAUAGUGGUUAUACUGCUUCAUUUCCAACCAGCACAUCCUGUAACUUCCUGCUUAAAUCCCAUAACUUUUCAAACUUCAAAUGUUCUGGAUAUAUAUAUAUGUAUAUAUAUGCACUGUAGUCCCUCCAGACAUCAGUAAUGUGGUAGCAUUUGCAGAACAACUAAUAAAGCAGAAUAAAUCUACCCCUAAUUUUACUAGUACUGUCUCAAGAACCUGUUGCAGCAUAUAUUUGCAAUAAAACACCAAAUGUGAAUGAGUUAAAUGUAACUCAUUUAACAAAUGUAAAUGAGUUAAAAUCCAGGUGUUCUUUUUUAAAAAAAGAAAAAGAAAAAAACUUUAAAUCAGUGCAUCUCAAACUUUUUGGGAUGGCAGAACACUUCAAACAAAACUUCAGUGGCAUCCUUGAAGAAAAAUAUUCUAUUUUAUUGUGGUUUUUUGGGAAAAGGUGGAGGGGAAAGUUAAUUACAGAGAGAGAGAGAGAGAGAGAGAGAGAGAGAGAGAGAGAGAGAGAAAGAAAGGGAUAGCCAACCAGAGCUACAACUUUUUAAAGCUGCAAUUUUGAGAUUUUGAAAAACAUUGCUGUCAGUCUUCUCAUCUCUUCUGACGGGACAAGCCUUCAUUUGGAGCUUGCCUACUUUUGGACAUUAUUUAGCUUCUCUCCCCCAACCCCCACAUUCUAAUUAGACUGGAGUAGUCCGCACUCACACAUACUUGAAUUGGUAUAGGAGGAGUCUUUACUGUUUGUUCCCUUCUGUGUUUGUCCCUGCCUUCUAAUUAGUUGAUUUUGUUAGGCCUAUUAAGUAUUGACAGGGCAUGUGCACAGAUAGCUGUGUGCACACCUUGGUGUUUUGCUUUUUUUAAAAAAAAAAAAAAUCCUGCUCGUGAAGUGUCCAAAAGCACAUGGUCAGGCAAUAAAAACAAAAAUCAACAUUGGGUAGCUAUAACUAAUUUUUUCCAGUAGUAGAAUGCAAUUUUUGGCAGGAAUCUCAGGUGAGAUACCCAUACAGUGGAAGUUACUCCCAGUAACAGGCACCACACAAAAGCAGAAAAAGAUUCAGAUAGUUUACUGUUCCAGAAGGUAAGGCUCAGGAGUUCUGAAUGUACCGUAUUUUUCGUUCUAUAAGACGCACCAGACCACAAGACGCACCUAGGUUUUGGAGGAGGAAAACAAGGGAAAAAAAUAUUCUGAAUCUCAGAAGUCAGAACAGCAAUAGGGAUCGCUACGCAGUGAAAGCAGCAAUCCCUCUUGCUGUUCUGGCUUCUGGGAUAGCUGCGCAGCUUGCAUUCGCUCCAUAAGACGCACACACAUUUUCCCUUACUUUUUAGGAAGGAAAAAGUGAGUCUUAUAGAGCAAAAAAUACGGUAAAUAUGUACAGCUUGCAGGCUUUUGCAGAUACAGAUAGAUAGAGAUACAAGUACAAAGUAGCUCCGUUGGUCUAAAUAAGUUGAGCAAUUCAAGAUGUGACACUGACAGACAGAUACUACUGCGCUGAUAUGCAUUAAUUACAGAUAUAGUUGGGGCACUGGGCCGUUACCAUAGCAACUGGCUUUGCUAACCUUGCACCUGCAAUUUGCUCAUCCAUGGGAUGAUUUGCGCUCAUGAAGGAAAUCAAGCCCUUCUCGUGCCCAGUUACUCCUACAAUUUUAUAACUGUUCCAGAUAAACAAAGAGGUCCUAUGGCUGGGUCGGCAUGGCAUGGGGAUGAGGGACCAACUCCCUUCUCUUGCGGGGGCCCAAUUAGUGCCAUUGCCUUCUGUUAAGAGUUUGGGUGUAAUCCUUGACACCUCCCUUUCCAUGGAGGCGCAAGUUACAGCAACAGCCAAGGCGACAUUUUUCCACCUUCGCCGCAUCAAGCAGUUGGUCCCUUACCUUUCCUGCCCCGACCUGGUCACAGUGAUCCAUGCGACGGUCAUCUCCAGGCUUGACUACUGUAAUUCACUCUACGCAGGGCUGCCCCUGAAGCUGACCCAGAAACUCCAGCGGGUGCAGAAUGCUGCAGAGAGGCUCCUCUGCCAUGGGAGCAUAUUCACCCAGUGCUUUUCAAACUGCACUGGCUCCCGGUGGAGUACAGGGUCAGAUUUAAGGUGCUGGUUUUGACCUUUAAAGCCCUUCACAGCCUAGGACCCUCAUACCUACGGGACCACCUCUCCCGGUACGCCCCACAGAGAGCCUCAAGGUCCAUAAAUAGCAACACCCUAGUGGUCCUGGGCCCUAAGGAAGUUAGAUUGGCUUCAACCAGAGCCAGGGCCUUCUCAACACUGGCCCCGGCCUGGUGGAACGCUCUGUCUCAUGAGACCAGGGCCCGGCAGGAUCUGAUUUCUUUCCGCAGGGCCUGUGAGGCAGAGUUGUUCCGCCUGGCCUUUGGCUUGGAGCCAAUUUGAUUCCCUCCCUCUCUUUCUUUUUUCCUUUCCUUCUCCUCCUGCAAUGAGGCUACAUUUUAAGAUUCUAAUGUUUCAAUAAUUUAAUGUUGUAUUUUAAUUUUGUUUUUAAGUUGUAAUCAUUCAACUUAUUUUUAUUAUUGCUUGUAAGCCGUUCUGAGCCCGGCCUUGGCUGGGGAGGGCGGGGUAUAAAUAAAUAUUAUUAUUAUUAUUAUUAUUAUUAUUACUUACUGUUAAGUGAGUGGCACCUUUACCAAAAGCAAGCUCAUAAAGAUAUUCUUUGCCAACUCUCAGACCCCCUUUGCCUCAUUUUCCACAUCCUUUAGGCACUGGAGAUCAAUUCCCAAGUAAUGGGUUGUUUUCUUCUGACUUCUCCUUCUGUUUGGUCUCACAGACAGCGUAGAAGAUGAAAUGGAAACGGCCACUGUGCGGCAUCGACCCGAAGCCCUUGAAUUGCUGGAAGCACAGAGCAGAUUCACAAAGAAGGAGCUUCAGAUUCUGUACAGAGGGUUCAAAAACGUAAGUGGUCCUGGUUGACCCUGCAGAAGGGGUCACCCAUCUCCUAAUGUGAACUUGCCGCUACUUGAGUACACAGGUCAGCCAUGUUGCGUGGCGAGUUCCCGCCUCCCCCCAUAGAAAUAAAGACACAGGACACAAGAAUUCGAGUUAAUGGGUCAAAUUAGGCCACAGCUUUAUUGAUUACAGGAAUUGAGCGGUAUUGGCUUAGGCAUUGGUCCUACAACUAACCGGCCUGGCCGGUGAGGGUUAACCACCAGUGGGAGGAGUCCUGCUGAGGCACGUCAACUAGGACCUCCCCUGGGGUCACCGCGUGGGGGCGUGCCAUGGGCCCACACCUCCAUAGGCUUAGGACAAGGCCACGCCCCCCGGAAUCCUUUACUGGACUACCCUUUAUUUGGGAGAAGGUGAUGGCACUCCCUCUCCCCCUUCAUCAGCAUAACAAUAGACUGUACCCCCACCAAUGCCUACCGCCCAUACCGUGGAGUUGUGACGGUUUGCUACGAGGUAGGCAAAAACCAAAUGGCUGGAGCCAAUCUUCCAGAUGGAAAAAUUCCUACCAUGCCCUUUGAAGGUGACCAACCGAGGUUCAUAGCAACGUCAGAGAACCUAGCCUAAAGGGUGGGAGGGUAGGGAAAACUGGAUCAGCUGCGGCGUGGGAAAGAGGGAGGUCCUCGGCCACGCCAGACCUAAGUAGGUGAGGCCACGCCCCCCACACCCACCGAUUGGCUGGCACGGGGUAUGACGCGGCCGAGGAUCAAAUAGUGCCAAGCUAUCUGAGCCUAUCCACAGCCAUUUCUGGCUAUCGCUAACUGCAUAUUUUGAAAUCUGGGUUGGAGAUAUACAUAGUGGAUGAGCUAUGGAUGUGUUGUAAUAAGUGUGUGAUUUGCAUAGGGUAAUAAUUUAAAAUUUACAUGGCAGGAACUAAUGUACAAAGAAGCGGAAAUAAUGAAAAGGAAUUGAAGAGCUCCAAAUUGCCUGAUAAGUAAAUAGCUACUGAGAAGAGCUGUACUAGAGUUGAGUAAUGCCAAAGCUUGAGUAAUCUGGAGAAUUAUUUUUUUUAAAAAAAUAGUUUUUACAUUGUAAUUGAAAAAUAGAUUUAAUAGGGUCUUCAACACCACAGGCUUUCGAGGCUGCCUCCAGCGAUGUUCAGCUUCCCAGUCUUCAGUACCAUUGCUGAUGAAUCAUUGCCAAACUGCCAUCACAGUAGGGGAGCGCCAUUUUGUAGCUGGCUUUCCUGUCAUCUCCAUUUGCUGCAAAAUGAAACUGUGAUUGCCGCAGUCAUUAACCUUUCAAGCCAAUGGCGCUGUGGUGUGCCUUGUACAAGUGGCACUUCACAGUAAAUUGCCCAGACUAUCAAGCAGCCGCUCUCUGCAUGCUGCCUUUCUUUCUCUUUGGGCCAUUGAUAAUUUUCGUGCAAGUUUUUCUUUUUUGAAGCAGCUUUUAUAUUUCCACACACUUCCCUUCCCCGAGUACAUGGCAAAUAGUUAGGGCCCUUCCAACAAAUUAAACCUUUCAUUUCUCUUCUCAGUAGCAUAGUCACUUCUAGAGCACAUUGCCUUAUCCUUUCAACACUGUAAAUAUCUAUGGUUUGCAGAAUGAAAGCUACAGUAAAACCUUGGUUUUCGAGCGUCUUGCAAGCCAAACGUUUCAGAACCCGAACGCAGAAAACCGGGAAGUAAUUGCUUCCAUUUCCUGGAAGUUGAACGGCUUCUGAGGCGCGUUUCUCAAUUUUUUCAAUUGAAUUCUCCGACUGCCCAUUGCACCUCGGUUGUCAAACGUUUUGGAAGUCGAAUGGUCUUCCGGAAUGGAUUACGUUCGACAACUGAGGUUCUACUGUACGCACCUGUUUUUGUCUAUAAGUGUCCUGGGUGUGUUCAAAAUGUUACCACAUUUUUAAUUGGAAUAUAAAAUGGGCAACCUUGUUCGGGGAAGUUUUUAGUGUGUGAUUAUAAUGGUAUGGGGUUGCUCGUGCGUAAGUUGCCGCCUCUCCAGGCUUUGUUGCCUUGCUAAACCUUUCAGUCUGGGCAGCCCUUCACUUCGUGGCUGCCUCAGUCGCUAGCAGAAUCCGUCAGUGGGCAUUUCUUAAACCUUUUCCAACAUAAAAGUUGUUUGACACCCAGUCUCCUCCUACUUUCUCUGCGCGGAAGUCUUCUGCGCAGGGAGGGCGUGGGUAGCGGAGGACCAGUGCUCUCCCCGCUGGUGUCCGGUGAAGAGUCUGGGAGCCCUCUCGCCGAUUCCCCCAUCUGCCCCUCCUUAUUCCUGGUGUUGCACUGAAUUGCUUCCCCAUCUGCUGAGCUGCCUCUCUCCCUGCUGGACCCUUCUCCAGUAUCAUUAGACAGCCUCCCCUCCACCUCUGGCUCCGAUGUCAGUUCCCUGACAGUGAUGUAUUGUGCUUUUACUGUUUUUGUUGGGAGCCACCCAGAUGGACAACAUAAUAAUAAUAAUAGUAGUAGUAGUAGUAGUAGUAGUAGUAAUAAUAAUAAUAAUUAAUAAUAAUAAUACGGCAAGUGCAAGCUGAAGUGCAUCAGGAGAGAAUGGUUCCAUUUAGCGUCUUCCCGAGUCUGACUUGUAAUGCCCAUGCAUGUUUCCAAACUGGAAUAGUGCUUUUGAAGUUGUUUAGUCUUUUAGUCAUGUCCGACUCUUCGUGACCCCCUGGACCAGAGCACGCCAGGCACUCCUGUCUUCCACUGCCUCCCGCAGCUUGGCCAAACUCAUGUUCGUAGCUUCGAGAACACUGUCCAACCAUCUCGUCCUCUGUCGUCCCCUUCUCCUUGUGCCCUCCAUCUUUCCCAACACCAGGGUCUUUUCCAGGGAGUCUUCUCUUCUCAUGAGGUGGCCAAAGUAUUGGAGUCUCAGCUUCAGGAUCUGUCCUUCCAGUGAGCACUCAGGGCUGAUUUCCUUCAGAAUGGAGAGGUUUGAUCUUCUUGCAGUCCAUGGGACUCUCAAGAGUCUCCUCCAGCACCAUAAUUCAUAAUAGUGCUUAGAGGUGUACUUUUCAGCAGAAAAGUUUCAUGCUAGUGGGUACACACACAUGUCCUCACACAUCCUAUUUCAAAACGUAAGUGGCAAACCCAGAAGAAAUUCAAAAGUUAGACAUGACAGCUUUAGAGUUUCCCUGUCUCAAUUUAGGAAAUUCUGCAGUUGGCUGAUGGGUGCACAUAGGUUUGUAGACUUGCCCCCCCUUUUUAAUAAAAUAUUUUUAUUAAAGUUUUCUAUAAUAUGUGCAAUAUCUCUUUUUUCAAAUUUCAUUUUCCAUAGGUCAGUUUCAUUUGUUGAGUCAUUAGGGUUACAUUAGGAAGAAAAGGGGAAAAGAGAGGGGGAAAGAUGAGUGGGGAUGGGGUCGGGAGGCGAUGUUUCUGUUUUGCUUAAUAUAUGUGUGGGGUUUUGUGUCAGCGUCGCUUGUGCGGGUUCUCUUUGCUGUUCGCUUGUGUUCCUUUGGUGGUGAGAGAAAUUGGGGUUGGCCUAGGGUGCGGUUGCUUGUUUGUGAUUGGCUGUGGUGAACUUUGUUUUCGUGUAUGAGUGCAGUGGGAGACUUGCAGUUUGACCUAUUUUAUAAUAGCUAGCCUUACCCAGGGCAGAAUGUUGAUAAUGAAAAUAACUUGGUGAGAACUAAUGUUUCACUGGAAAAAAGCACAGGCAGCCAUGUUGACCUACAAGAAAAUGUCAGAAACCCAUAUUAGGACAUCUUUACUUGGCCAAGCGAAAUGUCCCAAAAUCAAGUUUUGAGUUCCCCAGAGCUAGGUAUUAAGAUAUAAUGAAGGCUUUGAGUAUUGUUAAAUCUUCUUAAUACUAAUUUACAUUGUCCUGAAGGUGGCAAUACUUAAGUCUCUUAGAGGGCAUCCCAGGAAUUGUAGGAAUCAUCAGAUCUCCCUCUACAAGGAUAGGAGCUCUAAAGUAAGAUGAGAUGAAGUCAUUCUAGGGGCAUGUCAAGGAUGUGCCAGGAGACUCUGUGAAUCUGCAGAAUCCCCAGACCUUCCAUUCCCCUGACACAUGCCUAGAAAGGGGACAAAUUGUGUUAGUCAUUGAUUCCAAUAAGAAGGAAAUGUUUUUAAAAACCCAAAGCGGGAAACAUAAAAGGGGAACUGCUCCACUACGGACACACACAAUGACGACAAUGUCCAGCAUUGCUUUGAGAAAGACUGUUCAUCUGCCUUCGGUUCUUUUUGGACUGCUCCUCUAUUCUCUGUUGAAUAUUUUCUUUCCAUCUUCAUAUAAAAUGAUGACACCGCCAAUUGGGAGAAGUAACUAAUGGCCACAAACCAACAGAGUUAAGCAUAUUUUAGCCCAGGUACAGUGGUACCUCAGGUUAAGUACUUAAUUUGUUCCGGAGGUCCGUUCUGAACCUGAAACUGUUCUUAACCUGAAGCACCACUUUAGCUAAAGGGGCGUCCUGCUGUUGCUGUGCUGCCGGAACACAAUUUCUGUUCGCAUCCUGAAGCAAAGUUAUUAACCUGAGGUACUAUUUCUGGGUUAGUGGGGUCUGUAACCUGAAACAUAUGUAAACUGAAGCGUAUGCAACCCAAGGUACCACUGUAUAGGCAAACUCAGCCCUCCAGAUGUUUUGGGACUACAACUCCCAUCAUCCCAGGGUCAGGGAUGAUGGGAGUUGUAGUCCCAAAACAUCUGGAGGGCCAAGUUUGCCUGUGCCUAUUCUAGCCUAUUGGUUUCACUGGAUUUAAGCAGACACAUAAACAGAUUAUAGCCAAUACAUAUAGCGUAAAUCUGUGAUUACUUGGCAGUGCAGCUCUUGCAAACUCAAAGACUGAUAAUUGUUCACACUUCUGUGAAGAAAGUUGUUUUUCGUCGUACGGUUACUGAGGUGCAAUAAAUACCACUGAUUGCCGUGAACAUUCGCACAGUUGCAGUCAGAAGAACGCUGUUACUUGAAAUGCUUUUUAUAAAUAUUCGCAAUGAAAAGGGUGAGCAGUGGCAAACUGUGACUGGCUCUGGCCAAAUUUCUACACUGGAAAGGGUUUUCUUAAUUCUUACGAUACUUCUUUGUGGGGGGAAAUGUAUAUAUGGUAGUAUAGAUCACCUGUGUGGGGUAAUAAUAAAAGAAUUGUCUGGAUCCCUAGUUCCAAAAUAUGGGGCUAAACUGUCGGAAUUCAAGCCUAUAUCAAUAGUAACUGGCAACUCUCAAGGCACCAGGCUUGAUCUCCUGUUGACCUCCCUGUCUGCAUUCCCCAGCAAGAUCCAGGCUAGGUCGCGAUAGGCGAUUCUUCUCAGUGUGAGAAGAACACACACCCUCUUUCCUGCCCCCCCGGCAGGGGAAAGAGAUAGACAGAAACGUAUUUACAUGCCUUUAUUUCUGUCUUUGCAGCGUUACAAUAAACAUGACUGCUCUCUUCAAGCUCCAGCAGUCGAGUGACAAACACCUCCUGUACUUCCUGUACAAGAGCAAAAGGAAGAGCUCAUAUUACACUGAGCUAAUUCUGGUGCAUUGCCCUGUGAAAUGACUGUCCCUCUGUUUCCCACAGAACAGUCCCAACAUUCCAUCAUGUGAUGUUUUCAAGCUAGCAGUUCGCAGCUGCAUUGCAUCCAUAUCAUAACAUAAACACACACAAGCAAGAGGGACCCCCAGCAAAGUUUAAAAAGUCACAAGCAAGCGGUGUAGCAUGGGGAUUUAGGCUGUUAAACCUUAAUAUCCAGUUUAGUCCACUACCAUAGCUUCUCCAUUUCUACCUCUCUUAGCACUGAACAGACCAUACACCUUAGUAAGUUUAAAAAUGCUUUACUUACCAAGUUCCAGAGCUUAGGUUCAUCCACACAGCAAGUAACACAGGCAGAAAUCUUAGGAUGCGAAAUAUACUGAAAUAGCUCUAAGCACACAGUCUGAACUUGUAGCGAGCAAGCUCAGGCACAUCCUACCUCGGUGAGUUCACACGAUGAAAGAAGAGUAAACAAGGAGGAAACUUAAUUUCCUUCCUUUCAAGUGAGGAGUAUAACCUAGCUGAAUCUAGGAAUACAGGCAUCUCGCCAUUUUUGUACAGUCAGCAUGCUCGCAACCACUGAUAUGUGCACCAUUUUUGGCACUGCAAUGGGACGGGCCUAUGGUGUCUCGCUGGCAAACGUGGUGCCUCAAACAUAACCCCCAUCUAAAUGAGGAGUUGCUUGUACAGAUCUGUGCCCUUAACCGCUUCAUGCAUUAACCACCACCAAGCAUGCUGGUUAUAUUUGAUUGCAAUUUCCCACAUCUUCAGCACUUUCUCAGAAACAACAGAAUAGUAAAUUCUCUUUACCAUUUUACAGAUAGAAACAUAAGAACACAGUUUAAAAAAUAUGCAUUCAAUAAAACAAAAAUGGGCUGCCAUAACUUUUACUGCCUAAUAAAUAUUACACAAGCCAUAUUGGGAAAUAGGUAAAUUGUACAUGUGAAGUAAAUUCAGAGAGGUACUGUGCAGUACACAUGAAGAUACAUUGUUGGCAGAGAAAUGACAAAGGCAUUUAGUGAUGGAGGCAGAAAAUCUAAGUGAUUCUCCUGCACAUUAAAAAAUAUAAUUGUAAACUAAAUACAGUGGUAUCUCAGGUUAAGUACUUAAUUCGUUCCGGAGGUCCGUACUUAACCUGAAACUUUUCUUAACCUGAAGCAGCACUUUAGCUAAUGGGGCCUCCUGCUGCUGCCGCACCGUCGGAGCAUGAUUUCUGUUCUCAUCCUGAAGCAAAGUUUUUAACCUAAAGCACUAUUUCUGGGUUAACGGAGUCUGUAACCUGAAGCGUCUGUAACCUGAAGCGUAUGCAACCUGAGGUACCACUGUAACAGAUAACCAGCUAUCCUAUAAUGGUACCCCAAAAGCUUCCCGUUUAGGCAGAAUAGCUCACCCUACUUUGUGGUAAAGCUAAUGACGAUUUUGGUUUCUGCCCUUAUACCGGAAGCAACAUCUAUGUGAGAGUUAAAUCUUCUGAUUUUUAUUUGACUCAUUUCGUAUGCAAGUUUCUCUCUAAUGAAAAAUACAUAUGCUUAUUUUGUUCAGCUGUUAUUUCAUUGAUGGAGUGCCCCUCCCCCCAAUAAUGAAAUGGAUGAAAACAUUUUGAGCUUUAUCAAUCUUUCGGCAAAAGAUUUAUGCCAUUGUUUUGAAAUGUUGUCCAGCAUUGACUUGCAAUGUCAAGGGUAGGUUAUAAGAUUUUCAUUUUCUGGAUGGAUGAGAAAUUCAGCUGGCUUUGAGAGUUCUACCCCUCACCUAGUUUUCCACUGUACCCAUUUCCCCAGUCAUUCUAAUUUAUAUAUUUAUUAUUACUAUUUACAUUACUUAAUUGUAUGGAGAAUACACGGGACACAGGUGGCAUUGUGGUCUAAACCACAGAGCCUAGGGCUUGCCGAUCAGAAGGUCGGCGGUUUGAAUCCCCACGGCAAGGUGAGCUCCCGUUGCUCAGUCCCUGCUCCUGCCCACCUAGCAGUUCAAAAGCGCGUCAAAGUGCAAGUAGAUAAAUAGGUAUCCAGCGAGAAGGUAAAUGGUAUUUCCGUGCGCUGCUGUGGUUCACCAGAAGCAGCUUAGUGCUGCUGGCCACAUGACCGGAAGCUGUACACCGGCUCCCUCAGCCAGUAAAGCGAGAUGAGCUCCGCAACCCUAGAGUCGGCCACGACUGGACCUAAUGGUCAGGGGUCCCUUUACCUUUACCUUUUAUGAAGAAUACACACACAAACGUACUUGGAGCAGGAAGAAUGCAGUGCUAGCAUUGAGCUGGCAGGUAGAAGGAAUUUAAAUCACUGGCUUUGCCUCACCACUUGCCAGUUGGGGGCCCUCUCUCUUCCCACACUGCACAUUGUUCUGUGAACUUGUCUGGUUGCCUCACUGUCCUGGUUGCAGGGGCAGAAGAGAAGAAUAACAGGCCACAAUUGCAGUGGCACGAGCGGAAGCUACACUGUACUGCGUCGGCUGGCUCUUUCUGUUUGCCCAAGUCAGUUAUGAAUGAAUUUAAAAUGUAUUGGCCAUUCUAGGGUUGUCCCUUUUCCCAGACGGGAAGCAGUAUCCUUGAGGGGGAGACAUCCUUUUUUUUUUUUAAUGAUAUUUAUUAAAGUUUCAAAAGAAAGAUACAUAAAUAAGAAAAAGAAAAAUAGAAAAAAGAAAGAUACAAAAUACAAAAAAAGAACAAUUAAAAACAAUUCCAUCUUUUCAUCACUUCACUUUCAUUUACUUGUUUCCCGGACCUCCUCAAAGCUCCCUUUUUUGUAUUCCAGUUCAGUUUAUUAGUUCAGCAAUUCCUUUCCCUCCUUUUUAAUCCUGAUCUUUAAUCUUAAUAUAUUAUAACAUUAGGUUUUUACGUAUUUAAAAUCCAAUUUUUCCAUAUUCUUUUAUACCAUUACAGCUAGAAACCACUUAACUUCAAUCCAACAUCAUUCUAACAUUCAUUAAUUUUGCAAUAUUUCUGUAAAUAGUCUUUAAAUUUCUUCCAAUCUUCUUCCACCAACUCUUCUCCCUGGUCUCGGAUUCUACCAGUCAUUUCCGCCAAUUCCAUAUAGUCCAUCAAUUUCAUCUGCCAUUCCUCCAGUGUGGGUAAGUCUUGUGUCUUCCAAUGCUUUGCAAUAAGUAUUCUUGCUGCUGUUGUAGCAUACAUAAAGUUCUGUCCUUCUUUAACACCGAUUGGCCCACUAUGCCCAGGAGGAAGGCCUCUGGUUUCUUCAAGAAGGUAUAUUUAAAUACCUUUUUUAAUUCAUUAUAUAUCAUCUCCCAGAAAACCUUAAUCCUUGGGCAUGUCCACCAAAGGUGAAAGAAUGAGGGGGGGGGUGGAGACAUCCUAGUCCAAAGCGCAAUCAGGGAGUCAAAAGCCUAUGCAAAGGAGAGCACUUAAGGAAGUGUGCCAAGCCACAAGCUACAGUGAAUCAAUGGCAAGCUGUGCAAACCACAAUACAAGGCAGCAUGCAGAGGUACAACAAGUAGGUGAGAGCUAAGCCAGUGGCAAGCAACUCAAAACCUAUGCAGAGCAGAAAACUAAAGAAACUAAGACGACUUAGCAUAGGCUCUACAGUGGAACCUCGAGUUGAGGCAGCUGCAGAAGUGAUUCUUCAGGUAACUUUUUGUGCUGAAUAAGUUGGAUCCUCCUAACCGAGGGUCCAUGUUGCGCGCUGCCCCGAGACUCCCACCAACCAGCCUGGAGGCGUGACUUUGCCCCGCUCAGGAACGGUGGUGCCACGAUCACGCCACUGGCUCUUGGCCAAUUGGUGUGGUGGGGUGAUCGGGGCUUCAUUAUUUAAACGGCAGCGUGAAGUGGGGAACCCCUCCUGUUUUGCGCUGCCGAACACCCACACACCCUUUGAUAGGUCUGCGUUUGGCCUUGCUUUGGACUUCGGUUGGUUGCCUGUUUUGGAUCGGGGGCCGGGCAGGAAUUUUUUCCAAUGUGGCAGAUUGGCAGUGGCCACUUGGUUUUUGCCUACCUCUUAGCAAUCGUCACAACUUUGUAAGGUUUGGCGGUUAGGCAUUGAUUUAGGGGGAUGUGGGGAGGGGAGGUGCGGCCAUCCCCGCCCCUCCAUUUGAUUGGGUAUUCUGUUAAAGGAAUCCGGGGGUCUGGAUCUCGCCAAAGCCUGGGGAGGGGCUAGGGCCAUGCCAGGACCCACGGGAACCCCAGGGGUAAGCCAUUAUUGGAGCUCCCGCUGCUGGUAGUUUACCUUUUGCAGGCUCCCUGCUGGGUGGGCAGGAGUCCGUUAUAGCCAUUAGAUACUGAUGCCUAAGCCAAUACCAGUCACACUUGUGUAUUCAAUAAAGUUGUGGCCUAAAUUUGUCCAUUAACCUUUAAACUAAAUUUGGUGUCCAUUGUUUCUUUAUUCAAUGGGGGCGGGUUUUGGGGCUGGACGCGCAAAUUUAUGUGCUAUGAUGCAGUUGCUCUAUGCAUCUGGCCUGGAAAAUGCAGCUUGGGUUCCAGGCUGCUGUCUAGAAAUAUCUGACGAACUGCCUGGUUUUGCCACUUAACCUGGAUAGGAGAUCUGACAAGCCACAAUGCAUGGAUGAUGGGCUUUGUUCAGUUUGGUGGGUCACCAAUUUUUUUCAGGCCUCCCGAUCGGCUUUCAUAGUUCUUGUCUCAAAGACUGCAAUUAUGUCUGGGUCAGAAGAACAGCCUGAAGGCCUAUAGCUUCAUUGUAGCUGCAAAGUUCUGAUCUCAUUAGACAUUUGCUGACAAGUGAACAAAUUUGGCCUUCUGGGGAUCUCUUGAGGACUGGCAUAGUUUAUGAGAAAUGAAACAAGUUGUGUGCUCCAGAACGGCGUGGUGUGAUAUUUGUUCUUAUGAGGCGACCUUCUCACCCUGAGGGUACUUUGAGAAUGUUCAGUGUUACGGGCUUGAUUACUAAAACAAAAUGAAUACUUUUAGUUUCUUUUCCACAUUUUCUCAAGCAAUUUUCUCAGAGCAGCCAGCCAGAUGCCUGCAGGAAUCGUUGAGCUGUAAAGUUGGAAGGGAUCCCAAGGAUCAUGCAGUGAUCGAACCUGCAACCUUGGGUUUUAGUAAAGCAAACAGUCUAAUUUGUCAGCGCCUAAAUGAUGUUGAGCGUCAGAACAACUUGGCCAUAAUAAGGAAAUUUUGCCCAUGGUAUGACUAUUUCCCACCUUCCCAUUUCAACUCUCUGGCUCCCUAUCUGCAUAACCUAGUACCGUAAUUCUAAAAUAUAGGCGUGCUUUUACUCUCACAAGACUGAACGUGUUGCCCUCGGCUGUACUUGAGGGACGAUUCCAACAGAUUCUACACGAAAAAUACUUAUGUCCCCGUGGAGAUGGCAGUACAGAAUCGGUGGCGCAUGCCCUGCUGGCUUGCACUCUUCUUAAAGACUUGAGGAAUGAGAUUAUCACCCCUCUUUUAUUGUCCAUUCCGGGUCGCCCAGCCACUGCCCCAGUGUCCUUUGUCUUGGAGUUCAAGAUGAGCAGGUGACAGCAAAGGUAGCAAGGUUUUUAGCUGGGGCAAUCAGAAUAAGAUCCACUAUUUGACUAUUGAUUCAAAACCCCAAAAUGUAUUUUAUAUAAUUGACUUUUUAUUUCUAUUCUUUUUAUAUCGUAUUGUUGUUUUAUUGCUAUGGCUGGUGCAAAUAAAGAUUCAUUCAUUCAUCAUUCCUGCAACCUUGGCAUUAUCAGCACCAUGCUGAAAACAACUGAGCUAAUUUGAUUUGUGACUCAGCUCCUGGCAAUUUUAUUGGUGUAAAGGGGCUUUAAAAAUCAAGGCCCAGAAAAACCCCACCUCUUUUUCUGUAUUCCCACAACUAGCAUAGAAGUUAGGCAUGGUUCAUAUAUGCUUAUACAUCAUCUAACUUCUUCAUUUUUGGUGUGUGGGACUAUAUAGUGUUUUAUCUAGGCAGCCAGGGCUCCUCUGGAGGACAAGACCUUUUUGCACCAGGUCAAUGAGGACCACUUGCUUUUUGAAAUUAUCCCAUAUAUACAGAACUCCUGGUGCGCCCUCGUACCUACGGGACCACCUCUCCUGGUAUGCCCCGCGGAGGACCUUAAGGUCCAUAAAUAACAACACUUUGGAGGCCCCGAGCCUCAAGGAGGUUAGAUUGGUCUCAACUGGGGCAGAGCCUUUUCAGCACUGGCCCCGACGUGGUGGAACGCUCUGUCACAAGAGACCAGGGCCCUGCGGGAUUAGACAUCUUUCCGCAGGGCCUGCAAGACGAAGUUGUUCCGCCUGGCCUUUGGCCCCUUAUAUGAGAUUUGGUAUAUAAGUUUUCCCUUGGCUUUUUUGCAGGCCCAUGUAAGACCAGCAUGGAUAGCUGGCUCUGGUGAAUAGCUGAUGUUUCCUCCCUUUAUGGUCUUGAUUUAUGGGCUACUACUAAAAUGAGGCUGCAUUUUAAGCUGUAUUUUAAUUAACUGUUUUUUGUCUUGUUUUUCUAUUACGUUUUAUUGUAAUUUAUAUUUGGUGUUAGCCACCCUGAGCCCAGCCCUGGCCGGGGAGGGCAGGGUAUGUAUGUAUGUAUGCAUGUAUAAACAAACAAAUUAUUAUUAUUAUUUAUUAUUAUUAAAUAAGUGUUGUUUACUUUUUAUAAUAGGGACGCAGGUGGCACCGUGGUCUAAACCACAGAGCCUAGAGCUCAGCGGUUUGAAUUCCCGCGGCGGGGUGAGCUCCUGUUGCUCAGUCCCUGCUCCUGCCAACCUAGCAGUUCGAAAGCACGUCAAAGUGCAAGUAGAUAAAUAGGUACCACUCCAGCGGGAAGGUAAACAGCGUUUCCGUGCACUACUCUGGUUCGCCAGAAGCGGCUUAGUCAUGCUGGCCACAUGACCUGGAAGCUGUACGCCGGGCUCCCUCAGCCAGUAAAGCGAGAUGAGCACCACAACCCCAGGGUCGGCCACGACUGCACCUGAUGGUCAGGGGUCCCUUUACCUUUUUAUUUUUUAUAAUACAUGGAAGAUGGAUCUCCCUCGGGAGGUUCUGGACUCUCCUUCCCUGGGGGUUUCUAAGCAGAGGUUGGGUGGCCAUCUGUCACAGAUGCUUUAGCUGAGUUGCCUACUUUUUAGGGGGUUGCACUAGAAAUAUGUCCAUGGGGUACCUUCCAGCUCUACGAUUCUAUGUUUUUCUGCUUCAACAAUAUUUCAUUAUGUUCCUGUCAUUUUAUGUAACUGUAUUUUGUACAAAUUAUAAAAAUUAUAAAUAAAACAUGUUCUCUUUACAAACAAAACAUUUAAAUAGCUACCUUUCUACCAGUACGAUGAGGGGGCAGAGCAUGGAUAUAGCCAGGAUUUUUGAUAGGGGGACAGGCUUUUGUUGCGGGGGGCAGAAUCUCAGAUUUGUAUAGAUUUGUAUUAAUUUUUACUUAUUUGGGGGGCACCUGCCCCCCUCCCCCAUUGACUACACCCCUGGGGGGGGGCACAGGAAGAAAACAAGGUCAGAAGGGAGCCAUAGUCGGGAAAAGGUUGGGAAACACUGGGCUUGAUGACUUUGUGGUCCCGUCCAACUCUAUUAUUCUAUGAUUCUAAGAAUCAGUAAAAAUCUGCACCCCAUGUGUUACAGAGUGUUACACCCCCACCCCCACAUAUAUAUCCCAAUGUUUAUAUUGUAAGGUAAAGGUAAAGGGACCCCUGACCAUUAGGUCCAGUCGUGACUGACUCUGGGGUUGCGGCUCUCAUCUCACUUUAUUGGCCGAGGGAGCUGGCGUACAGCUUCCGUUCAUGUGGCCAGUAUGACUAUGCCGCUUCUGGCGAACCAGAGCAGCGCACGGAAAUGCCAUUUACCUUCCCGCCAGAGCAGUACCUAUUUAUCUACUUGCACUUUGACGUGCUUUCGAACUGCUAGGUUGGCAGGAGCAGGGACCGAGCAACGGGAGCUCACCCCGUUGGGGGGAUUCGAACCACCGACCUUCUGAUCGGCAAGUCCUAGGCUCUGUGGUUUAACCCACAGCGCCACCCACAUCCCUGUUUAUUGUAGCGAGCAAUAAAAGCACUCCUUAAUUCUUUAGCUGGGCUGAGGUAUAAGCACAACAGAAAUAAGAAUGCAAGAAAUAAUUCCCCUUAAGCUGUCAGGGUAUUAAAUGAAUAGCUCUCUAACUUCUCCUAUCUGAUAACAGCAGAUAGUUUUUUUAAAAAAUAAAUAAAUUAUGGCAUGCAGCAUAAUUGAAUCAAGCACAGGUAAUUAGAGAAAGUUGGAGAAAAUCCAUCAUGAUAGGUCUUACCUCUUCAUUACCACAUUAUUGCACAUACUUGGGGAUAUCAAUGAAAAUGCAUUAAUUUGGGUCUUAGAGCAGGAGCUCUAAGGAAAGUGACUCAACACUACCUCCUAAUAACAGAAUAAUUUGGAACAUUUAUAACUUGUGAUCUGAGGGUGUCAGGGUGCUUGACGCAUAAUGGAUUGGGGCUCACAGCAUUCAUGCAAAGCAGCAAAAGAUUUCAACUCAUAAAAUAAUCAAUCUUCAUUUUCCUCCACAAGCCUUUUCCAGUUCAGACUUUGAGGGAAACGAUUGCUGUUAAAAUUAUAUUAUAAUUGCUGAGAUCAGUGCACAUUAUGCUUUAAGCAAACCAAAUGCUAUAAUUAAGGAGAUUUGGUAGUUAAUCAGAAUGACCACUUGCAAUGCACUCUGCAGUCUGAAAUUAACAGGUCUGGGGGAAAACGAAGCCCUUGGGUUUGUACAAGCCAUUUUAAAUCAUUAAUAUUUUUUUUCCCUUUAAAAAAAAAUGCCUCACACCAAUAGCAGGCAAUUACUGACCCCCGCAAAUCCAUGAUACCAAAGCUGAAAAAAUUAUUUUUAUCAACUGCAAACUUUAAUUUUACGUUAAUCAUACUCUUGAGUUACAAAUGAUGGUAGGAUGGUGUUGUGGCCAUAAACCCUACCUUGUUGGCGUACCAUGUGGGGAAAUAGGAGGUGUAGCAGGGGAAGGGGGCCUGUUUGGAAUAUUUUGCUUCCUCAGGGAUUGUUCCUGCUAUGGUCUCGCUGGAGCCAAUUAAGUUAUAGUCGCUGAGACUGAGAAAUAAAGUCCCAUUGAGCUAUUUUUAUGAAGCUUUUUUGAUGCUGAUGUGCUUUAGUAAUCAAUGGUGGGGGAGGGACCACUGUUCAAUGUGGCUUUUCCUUUUCUGCCAAAGCGUGUUCUCCCUAGAAUGAGAGCACGGGUUGCGGUGUGGGCUGCCAGGCCAGCCCUCUGUUGCCAGGCAAGUUAAUGGCAACGAAUGGAUGACCGGGUUGCUGGGGCAAAUUGCAUGUAGCAAAUUGGGUGGGUGGGACCAUAGGUUUUAAAUAUUGGGUCACACUGCUUCUGCUUUCUCUUUCGCUGAGUGCAUCAGAUCACCCGCCUGCCUGCCCUGAGUUCUGGUUGACCUUGCUUUGACUGUCAUGGGGUCGCCUGCUUUUGGGGCAGGAGCCUAGUAGGAAUUUGUCCAUUUGGCUGAUUGGCUGGUGCCACUUGGUUUUUGCCUACUGCGUAGCAAUUCAUCACAACUUGUAAGGUUGCGGUUAGGCAUUGGUUAUAAAAAUUGGUGGAGGAGGGGUAAGGAUUGGCUGCGCCUGCCCCUCCAAUGGUGCUGGAAGGGAAUUCCGUUAAAGGAAUCCUGGGGCUUGCCACAAUUUCGUCCAAUCCCUGAAAUGGGACCAGGGCCAGCAAGCCUUGGGGAGCUGGUUGGGUGAGUGGUGAGGGACUGACGCUCAGCUCAACUGAUCCCCAACAUUGUCUUUCCCUUCACUGGCUUCCGAUGGAGUUCGCAAUGUCAGUUCUGUCCCAGGCGGGGGGACAGAUAGUCAUAACCAAUGUCUAAGCAACCACUCACAGAUUUUGUAUUUUAAUAAAGUUGUGGCCAAAAUAGUGCCCCGAAACCUUAAAUUACGUGUGAUGUGUGAAUUAUUUUGAGGGGUGGCAGUGAACAGCAACUUUUUAAAAUAAUUAAAAAUAAUCUAACAAAAAUACUACCAAAUGGAGGAUUUGUGUGAAUUUAUCAUGCAAAUUUAUUUAAAUCUAAUUGGUCAGUUAAAAAGGCUGGUUAUUUAUCAACUAAAUAUUCAGUAGGUUGAUAACUCUACUUUUGACACUUCUUCAAAGUUCCCUAAACCUUUGAUGCCCAUCAGCGUGCAGAACGUAGCAUUUAAAACGAGGGUUCUUUCAUUUUAAACUUUGUGUCAUCUCUAGUGUAAUGGGAGUUAAUGAUUAAGCAUUUGAGGAAACACAGAGUUUGAGUAGUCAAAUUGGCUGGAACCCAGCAAAAUAAUAAGUUUGCUCUGGGCAAACUAUUUUUUAAAAGUAGAUUCUCUUUCAUCUUCUUUUUUUUUCCCCUCAUGAUAUUUAUUAAAGUUACAAAAAAUAGAAGAAAUACAAAAUACAGAAAAAAGAGUAAAAAAUUUUAAAAUAUAACAAAAAAGUAAAGGAUAAAAAGAAACAUACAAAAUAAAACAGUUAAAAAGACAUUAAUUUUCCGAACCUAUCUUCUCUAGACUUAUUUCCCCGGACCUCCUCAUACCUCCCUUUUUUGUAUUCCAGUUCAGUUUGUUAGUUCAGCAAAUCCUUACCAUUAAACUUUGCCCAAUUGUAAGCCUUUUUUCAUAUCUCUUAAAGCAUUACAGCUAAAAAGCUCUUAGUUUCUAUCCUUCUAAGAUUCCUUAAUUUUACAAUAUUCCUUAAUUUUACAAUAUUUCUGUAAAUAGUCUUUAAAUUUCUUCCAGUCUUCUUUCACCGACUCUUCUCCCUGGUCUCGGAUUCUGCCAGUCAUUUCCGCCAGUUCCAUGUAGAUUCUCUUUCAUCUUCUUUUACUGUUAGGUUUCUAUUUUUAAAAAAUGAAAUCCUAUCUUGUCCUGGAGGGUCAUGAUCCCAUAACAGAGACUGUGACUAGAAGCAAUAUUCUUAGCUGUAAUGAAGUGGCUAAAGUUUUUCCUGAAGAAAAAAACCUGAUUCUCUUCUUUUUCUUUUUAUUAAAGCAGCUAACACAUUCUUUUCCAAACUGGUUUUUAUUAUUAUCUUUGUGUCCCCAGUUCCUAUUUCUACACAGUCUACUUGGUGACCUCAGAGGCGAGAACCUCUGACUAUUGUAGUUAUUGUCAGAAUCAUCUAGUUAUAUGAAAUAUCAAGAAGAUAAACACAACAAAGUUUUAAAAAUCUGCUUGCGAUUUCAUGCUAAUAUUGCACAGCAAGUAACAGCUCCAGUAGAGGUGCACCCCUUCUGCUGAACCCUAUCUUCCAGUUAUCAAAUCAUAACCACAAUAUUAUAAUUGAAUUACUACUUCUGUUGCUCAUAGCUCAAAUCCUGCCCGCGAAUUCAUCGUACUAUAAUAUUUCUUUAAAUAGACUGAAAAGGGCAUCCAUUCUUCCAUAAAACAGUCGUCACUGGAUUCUCUUCAUUUUGCUGUUAAUUUUGCCAGUUUUGCAAGGCCUGUUAUCUUACUUAUCCAUUCUUCAUUGGUUGGAACCUCAUCUUCCUUUCGUUUCUGCACUUACAAAAUCCUAGCUAAUUAUUUUAUUUUAUUUUAUUUUAUUUUAUUUUAAACACUCAUAUGCCACUGUCAUUAAAAUAUAUCGUAGUGGCUGGUGCCAUUUGGUUUUUGCCAACCGUGUAGCAAAUCGUCACAACUUUGUAGGUUUGGUGGUUAGGCAUUGGUUCAUUCUUUGGUGGAGGGGGUUAUGGAUUGGCUGUGCCUGCCCCUCAUUUGUUGUUGCUGCUGCUGCUAGGGAAUUCCGUUAAAGGAAUCCAGGGGCUCAAUUUGCUCUGUCUGAUCCCCUCUCAGGGGUAGGGCCAGGCCAGAGUUCCUGGGAGCAUCUGGGGUGAAGUAAGAGGCAGAAAUCCGCCUCUGUGCUCCCCCAGUAUGUUUUCCCUAACUGACCUCUGGAGGUUCCAGUUGUCAGUCCUAUUCCUGCCAGUGCAGGUUCAGGUAGUCUGAACCAAUGCCUAAGCAACCACUCACAUGCUGUAAUCAAUAAAGUUGUGGCCAAAUUAACACUAAAAAUCUUAAAUAUUCUGUGUCCUGCGUAAUUUAUUUUGGAGGGGGUUUGGGGGUCUUCACACGCAACAAACUAUUAGCAGUGACUUAUCGCUGUGGGUUAAACCACAGAGCCUAGGACUUGCUGAUGAGAAGGUUGGCGGUUCGAAUCCCCGUGACGGUGUGAGCUCACGCUGCUCAGUCCCUGCUCCUGCCAACCUAGCAGUUUGAAAGCACAUCAAAGUGCAAGUAGAUAAAUAGGUACCACUUCGGCGGGAAGGUAAACGGCAUUUCCGUGCGCUGCUCUGCUUUGCCAGAAGCGGCUUAGUCAUGCUGGCCACAUGACCCGGAAGCUGUACGCCGGCUCCCUCGGCCAAUAAAGCAAGAUGAGCGCCGCAACUCCAGAGUCGGCCACGACUGGACCUAAUGGUCAGGGGUCCCUUUAUCUUUACCUUUAUCAUGAUAUGUGAACUGGACCUUUGGCUUAUUGGACUGAGUGGGAGCUGUGAAGAAGCAAGCCACCUCCUAUCUGUGUAGGCUGCUAUGGCUUCUUUUUGUGACCAAGAAAUGUUGGCAGAAUAUUGGAAACUGAAACAUAUGCAUAGCAAAAGGGUGCUGAAUUGGAAAAGAACAGUGUGUCUGAGCAAGCCUACUGAGGAUUGGCUAUUCCGAAAAUAAAACUGCUAUAUUUAGCCGCUUCAGGAAAUUAACGUAUUGUUGGUGUAACACUUGGACUGCGAUAAAUCUGCCCUCUAGUUGAUCUCCAAGUGGCAGUCAUGUUCAAAACACCCAUAGCUAGAGGACUUGCACAGUGAAACUCAUUGCACUUUUCAAAUCCGAUAAAUUACUCGAGAAGCUAAGAAACUUAAAAGAUCGUUUUUAUCAUUCCCCUUCCACAUAAUUAAUCAUAUGGUUGCUUACGGAUAUUGUGGUGCUGUGAUAGGAUGCUGAAAUACUAUACAAUGGACUUGGUUUUUUUAAGGGUUGUUUUGUUGUUGUUAUUGAGCACAUUGCUGCCCUCUGGUGUCUAAGAAUGCUGAAACUCCCACUAGAAAGCAGAACUUGUAAGUUUUAUUACAGACCAUUUUGUGUGUGGAAUUUUUAAAACGGCAGCUUUUCCUGUUCAUGGCAGAAAGGACGUUAGAAGCAUGAACUCCUAAGCCAGCCAUUUUGUGAGGGCUUUCCUGCAGCUUCUUGGUCCAAACUUUGGUAACAAACAUUCCUUGUACCCCUUCUAUUACUAGCUGGUGAAAUAACACGUAAUAAUGACGUAUGGGUACAGAGUAUGUAACUAAAGAGAAUGUUUCGAAAGCCCUGCAUGGUGAAAUGCUCUUGUACUUGAACUCUCAUGCCUGAAGUCAUAACUUUCAUUUCAUUUCAUAAUAACAAUAACAAUAUUAUUAUUUUAUUUAUAUGCCACCCAUCUGACUGGGUUGCCGAGGCUCCUAACAAAAUAUUAAAAGCACAAUAAAACACCAGCCGUUAAAAACUUCCCUGAACAGGGAUGCCUUUGGGUGUCUUCUAAAAGUCAAAUAGCUGUUUAUCUCCUUGGCAUCUGAUGAGAGGGUGUUCCACAGGGUGGGCGCCACAGCCGAGAAGGCCCUCUGCCUGGUUCCCUGUAACCUCACUUCUCGCAGCGAGGGAACCACCAGAAGGCCCUCAGAGCUGGACCUCAAUGUCCAGGCUGAACAAUGGGGGUGGAGACCCUCCUUCAGGUUUACUGGGCCGAGGCCACUUAGGGCUUUAAUGGUCAGCACUAACACUUUAAAUCGCACUCAGAAAUGCACUGGAAGCCAGGGGAGAUCCUUUAGGACCGGUGUUGUGUGGUCCCAGCAGCCACUCCCAAUCAGCUGCUGCAUUCUGGAUGAGUUGUAGUUUCUGAGUCACCUUCAAAAGUAGCAUUGAAGUUGUCCAAGCAGGAGAUAACCAGAGCAUGCACCACUCUGGCAAGACAGUCUGCAGGCAGAUAGGGUCUCAGCCAACAAACCAGAUGGAGCUGGUAGACAGCUGCCCUGGACACAGAAUUGACCUGUUUCUCCAUGGACAGCUGAGAAUCCAAAAUGACUCCCAGGCUGCACACCUGGUCCUUCAGGGGCACAGUUUACCCAUUCAGGACCAAGGAGUACACAGGGUUUUGAUACGUAGGAAUGUGUAUCAUUGCUGUUCCCCUCCCCCCAUUGUUCAGGUACAGCUAGUUUCUCAGUAGCUUCAGUUGGGAAGUUAUUUCUCUUUUAAGGCGCAUUGGGUGCUAUUUUCAUUAUGUCUGAUGAAGUCAUAUCUUGAGUGUGUGUCUGGCUUCCCUUCUGCUUUUGUUAGCGAUAGCACUCUUCCCACCUUAGAUCAAAUCUAUGCUGCCAGGUGCCAUAAGAAAGCGGCAGAGAUAGCACAUGAUAGUACGCAUCCCGGAAAUGAUCUCUUUCAGCUUCUGCCUUCUGGAAGAAGGUAUAGGGUUAUAAAGGCCAGGACUAGCCGCCUGAAAAACAGUUUCUACGCUAAUGCAAUUCUGGUUCUAAAUGCAGCAUAAGGGGUUUCUGUAGUAUAGUGUGUUUUAAAAUGGGGUUUUAGAGUUUUUAGGGGGUUUUGAAUGUUUUAUGUAAUUUUGUAGUAGUUUUAUGUAGUUUUUACGUAGUUUUAUGUAGUUUUUACGUAGUUUUAUGUAGUUUUUAUGUAGUUUUAUGUAGUUUUCAAUUUCAUUGUUCCGCAAGGGACAAUGACAAUAAAGAUAUUGUAUCGUAUCGUAUCGUAAACAAACAGAAACAGCUCCCUUUCUUCGUUUUCUCUCUAGCAACCUUAUCUAGAAAACACUUGUGCCUUUCAUCUUUCAGCCAAUCAAAGCAGUAGUUUGUUUCGCAAGAAAAUGAUUUCCACAACCCAUUUCAUGAGAACCUUCAUAUCACCUUUAGUUUCUGUUCUCGGCCACCAACCCUACUCGCCCCUCAAAAACAGAGCCAAGUCUCACAAGACCCUCAGGCACCUGACCUGAUCACAAAAAAGGCAUGUUCUGCAUAUUUUUGGUCUUCUUGAAAACAGGUGUGUGUGUGUGUGUGUGUGUGUGUGUGUCCGCAAGCCUCAAGCUGCACUACAAACUUGAUAUGUAGAAUUGCAUCCUAAAUAUGCUCAACAACCUUUGUUCUAAAAUCUCGGUUAUAAAAGCAGAUACAGUGAUACCUUGGUUCUCGAACAGCCUAGUUUACGAACAACUUAGAACCCGAACGUCGCAAACCCGGAAGUGAGCAUUCCGGUUCUUGAAUUAUUUUUUGGAAGUUGAACGUGUCCUGAGCUUCCGUUUUUAGUGUUGCGCUUCCAUUUUUAGAGAGACCACGCUGAUUGGGGAGGUGGGGAGAAGCGUCCCGGCAGCGCUCUGCAGACCAUCUGCUUUGACGUGAGAGAGAGAGAUCAAAAGAUCGCACUGACUGGGACAGUGGGGAGAAGCAUUUUAGGGGUAGUUUUUCAACAGCCUGGAAUGGAUUAAUGAAUUCCAUUUUGCAUUACUUUCUGUGGGAAAGCGCGCCUUGGUUUUGGAAUGUUUUGGUUUUGGAACGGACUUCCAGAACGGAUUAAGUUCAAGAACCAAGGCACUACUGUAUUAUAGUUUGGUGCACUGUACAUCUUUUGUAAAUGGGGGCAGAGAUCAAGGUAGGGUUGAAACAUAACGGUGUGCCCCUGACCGAUGCCAGUUCUUCCAAUAGCCUCACUUUGCUCAGCAAAUUAUCUUUCUAGUUCCUCUUUGAAUCAGGAUAUCAAGAUCACACUGAUCACUGCAGAUAUCAGCUCAACUUAUUUUAAUGCAAGCAGCGUAGAAUGUGUCAGGAAUAUAACAAUGCUACGCACAUUUCUCCUUGCAGUGAAUAUCCCUGCUAGGAGAUGGGGGAGCUCGUAUGUGAACUUCCCUGCUUCUGGAGAAAUAGAGUUUGGACAGGCUAUGGCCCCUUUAGCAGAAAAGAACUUUUGUAAAGUAGUUUUCGAAAUCUCUUGUUUGGUAGUGGUAAAAUCCUUGCUGUUUGCAGUCUCUUGUACAAUUUGUACAUGGGCAUGUUAUUCAUAUGCGUUCCUUGCCACUUUCCUUAGGAAUGUCCCAGUGGGAUUGUUAAUGAAGAGACCUUCAAAGAGAUUUACUCUCAGUUCUUCCCACAGGGAGGUGAGUACUCCGCGCAUAAUUAGUCUUGUUUGCAUGCACAACCAAUUGCCAUAAUUGCUUUGAAAUUUGGCCUAAACAGGUUGUUGUUCUAGUUAAUUAAGCCUUUUAUACUACUUAAUGGGUGGACAGAAGUACUUCAGGGUUUUAAUUAAAGAGUGGAAAUACCUACUAGCAAUAUCUAUUUAUAAAAGCACACAAUCUGCAAUUUGUUUGCUUAGAUGUACAGCUUGCUCCAUCCCAAAGGCUCUGGACAAGUAACAAAAGCAAUAGUUAAAUUCAUAUAUUCCCUGUCACCCUGUUUACUAACAAAGCCUUGAGGUCCCAAAGGAGCCCAAGUGGGUAGGGUCUUGCAAAACUCAGUACUGAGCUUUGGGGAAACUGCAGCAGGAGGGAGAUCUGCUUAAAUCAUCUGAUUGGCGGUGCUUGAAAAGCCCCUGUGCAAAGCACAUUGUCAGGUCUUGCUAAAACCCUUUCUAUCUUGUGGAGCGCUUUGAAAAGGGCAAAAAAGCCCACCUGAUGUCAUGGUGUUGUCUAAACCACUGAGCCUCUUGGGCUUGCUGAUCAGAAGGUUGGAGUUUGAAUCCCCGCGACGGGGUGAGCUCCCAUUGCUCUGUCCCAGCUCCUGCCAACCUAGCAGUUCGAAAGCACGCAAAUACAAGCAAACGGUGUUUCCGUGCGCUCUGGUUUCCGUCACAGUGUCCCGUUGUGCCAGAAGCGGUUUAGUCCUGCUGACAACAUGACCCGGAAAGCUGUCUGUGGACAAACACCGGCUCCCUUGGCCUGAAAGCGAGAUGAGUGCCACAACCCCAUAGUUGCCUUUGACUGGACUUAACCGUCCAGGGGUCCUUUACCUUUACCUUUUACCAUGCGAUUACCACAGGGUGGGGGAGAUCAUGACUUGGCCCACCACCCAGAUCCAGUUCCCCAUCCAUGACUUAGACAAGGGACAAAUAUUAUAAAGAUAUGGUUUCUUGGAUAGUAAUAAAGUAGAAUGGAUUAAAAAAAAGUUAAAAGUAAGGUUAGAUUAAAAGUCAACAAGAUAUGUAGAUAUCCAUCAUUCAUUCAUUUCUCUUCUCUGUUAAAUUCCCAGCAUCUUAAUAUUAAAGCAAAUAAGCAGGCAGAUCUUCAGAGCACUGUAUGUCCACUCAAGCAAAAAACACUUUAUCAGAGAGGCUUCUUAGCUACAACUUUGGAAUACAGUCGUUCCUCGGAAGUCAAACGGAACCUGUUCUGCAAGUCCGUUCGACUUCCAAAAUGUUUGGAAACCAAAGCGUGGCUUCCGAUUGGCUGCAGGAGCUUCCUGCAGCCAAUCGGAAGCCACUGAAGCCCCGUCGGACAUCUGGGUUCUAAAGAAUGUUCGCAAACCAGAACACUCACUUCUGGGUUUGCGGCGUUCGGGAGACAAAAUGUUCAACUCGCAAGACAUUCAGGAUCCAAGGUACGACUGUAUUCACUCUACAAGGCCAUAGCAUGGAACAGCGAGGCUCCAUUUUUUAUUCAAACAAUAUCCAAAAAGUCAAAAUAUUAUUUAGCCCCGAAGUGUCUAUAAGAAAGGCCCAUUAACUUUCCUCCAACUCUCAUUGCAGACUUUGGUUCUCUGUUAAAUGGGUAGCCAUCAGGGCCAUCUAGAGUCUGUCAUAUGUUUGCGUGUGAAUAUCUUAAUUAUAAUCCCGACAUUGCUACACAUAUAAUGAACCAUAGAAAAAGAAAUUAACUACAAGUGCUCUUAACAUUUGCACAGAGAUUUUUUCCUUUGUUGUUCUUGCGAUUUAAUUUGAAUCCAUUCAAGAGUUGGCCUUGGAACCUUGCCGUGCUCCCUCUACUGAAAUCUCUUUGCCACCCUAAUCUCCAAAAUCUAAAAUAAAGCCCUCACUGAAGAGUUUAAGCUUGCCUGUUCCAAGUGUUCUAACUGAUAAAGAGUCUUUAAUUGUGAAAAUAAAAGUUGGAGAUUUAAGAGGGCCCACCCUCCUGCGAAAUUGCUGCGAGUUCGUGAGAACUGGCAACACAGUAGAUAAUUCUUUAUAAGCUCUAUAUGUGCCUGUAUGUUCACAAUUAUUCCCCUCCUACAGUAUCUUACAUUUGUGUGCGCAGAAGGAAAUGUAGGCGGCAGUUUAAGCGUGAGUCAAAUCCUAAAGCUGGUGUGGAUUUGAGAUUCCCCAAUUAUCUCUGUGGGUUUUCCUUUGUUUUGCUAGGCUUGCUCCUUUCUCUCAACAAAACUAGGCAUUUGUCACUGGUAAUUUCCAGAUCUUAUACAUUUGAGUAUAGUGUGGGUCAUAUGCAAUCGCCCACUUAGUCUUCUUUUCCCUCUCGUUACUCAAUAUUUUGUUCUAGCAUUUAUUACGGCUUUUCUGUCUUCAACGUUUUCCCCCUUUGUAUAUUUUAUCAGCUACAUGGCCAGGGUAUAAUUGUGUUUUCACUUGUCGUUCUUUAAGAGCAAUCCAGUGGGGAUUUCUCUUGGGCAAGUCCCAUUGAAUUGAAUAGGAGUUGCGCACAAUCUCGUGCUCUUAAGACAUUCUUCACCAGAUCUUUCCAGUUGAAGAUGCCAUUCAUUCACUUUCUCAUGUUGGGGAAAAAAGGCACAAGGGGGAGAACCACAGCUUGGUGGUCCAACAUCUGCUUUGCAUGCAGGCGGAUUUGUGUCUCGUGUGUCCCAAUGUUCAUGGAAUCUUAAGAGUUGGAAGGAACCACAAUGGGCAUCUAGUCCAACCCUCUGCAAUGUAGGAAUCUUUUGCCCACUGUUGAGCAUCUCCAAGGGACUCUGGGAAUGUCCCCUGUCUGAAAUCCCAGAGAAGAAUCCCAUGGAGGGCCAGUGUUGUACAGUGGUUAGAGUGUCUGUCGGACAUGAUCCUGGGAGAGCAGGGUUCAAAUCCCCACCUGACAUGAAGCUCACUGGUUGGCCUUGGGCCAGUCACUACCUCUCAGCCCAACCCACCUCACAGGGUUGUUGUGGGGGUUAAAUGGGGAGGAGGGACCAUGUGCGCCACCUCGAUCUCCUUAGAAGGAAAACAAGUAGGAUAUAAAUGCAAUAAAUAAUAGCAAUAAUAAAUAAUCCCAGUUCGUGUCAGCAAUACUCAAUGGCCUAACUUGGUAUAAGACAGAUUCCUAGCAAGACGGGCAGAAUUUUGUGGACCUAAUGGAAGUCAGCUUUAAUUGUCAACAACAACAGUUCCAGAUUAUUAUUUUGUUUUAUCUGGAUGUUAAAAAGUAGGUGCCUCCCAUUGUUCAAAACACCCUCAGCAGUGUGUGUGUUCAAAAACAGACAUUACAAAAAGAAAAACAAGAAACCUGGUUAAAACAGGCUUGUUGGUUUCUGGUUGAGUAAGACCGUGACGCUCCGGCUUUCCAAAUUUAAUUUGUUUUCUUAUAGGCUUUAACCACUUUAACCAUUCCACCCCACCACCUGAACCAAGGUGAACAUUUAAGGUACCACUCCUGCCCCACCUUCUGAGCCAGCAAAGUAAUAAGUCUACCCUCCGACGUCUGAUUAGACAUGAUGAGUAGUUGCUGUGAAUGUGCCAAUGUUGCACUGAGAACGAAGCUAUUGAAGCCCUGAUAUUGCAUGGUCUGAGUCUCUUAAGGUGUUAGCACUCUGUAUUGCUUCCUGCUGCCACCUGUCAGAAUGCUAAUAUAUCAUAAUAGUUAUCAUUACUGGGUGCAAAACCAGAAACCUUAUUUAUUUUUUUAAAAAAGAAAAACCUGAAACACUCCCCCUCUCUGUCCUGAUUUAUAUUCCAGACUUAGUGGGAGAGAAGUCACAUUAAGUAGCUCUAAUUAAAAGCUUAAGGACUUCAACCUUUGGCUUAUGUUUAAUCACAAUUGUCUUCACUGCCUUGGAUAUUUUAUUGAAUGAAGGCUGUGAAACCACUGGAAUUAACUGAAAUGUAUUAAAGGUAAAGUCCUGUAAAUCUGGUAUUCUUUAUUGAUUUUUGCAGAGUGUCGUUUAAAACCUUUGAUUCUGUUCAGUGGCUGCAAUCUGACAAAUGACACGAUGAAAGCACACGUUGCUUGUUUUCCUAUUUAUUUUUUAAAUUACCACAUACCAAUAAAGAGAAAAAUGCAAGAAAUGAAAGAAGAAAAUAGUGUUUAAACUGGUUACCGUAAUUAUAUAGGGAAUAAAAUUCUAAUUAAUUCAGGAUCCUACAAAUCAGAAUCACCAUUAGAAGACAGCAAUCCUAUGGCUCCUAGGAGGAUAUUCCGGGUCCUGUAGGAUUUUGCAAAUCUCCCUCUCCCUGGUCCCUCCUAGCCAUGUUGAAAAGGACCGCUACCAUUUGCCUUCCACUGUUCUCGCUUUGCCAUUGGAAAUGGCAAAAGGGACACAGAUGGAUUGGAGGAAAGUUUGAGCCCAUGGCAUCUACAGCCCUCCCAUUCUCCCCAAACACCACCAGGACGGGGCAUGAGGGGGGGGGUGUUGUGCCAGGCUUGGUUCUGGUAUAUAUUUUUUUCCUUUCAGCCAACCCUGGCCAGCACAAGACAGGCAGAACAUGGAAUUUGGUGGUUUGACUGCUAACAGAUUGUUCUUAUUCCCCUCCUUAGAUGGUUCUAUUAGGAAGGAAGGGAGAAGAGGCAAUGAUUUGCUGUAACAAAAUUCCUCAUGGUGCUAUGUUAUAUACUGUACAGCGGCUAUUGCAGAAAUAAUAAUAAUAAUAAUAACAGCAGCAGCAGCAACAACAACAACAAUAAUAAAAUAAAUAAAUUUAUUUCUACCCUGCCCAUCUGACUGGGUUUCCCCAGCCAUUCUGGGCAGCUCCCAACAGAAGAUUAAAAAGAGAAUAAAAUUCAAACAUUAAAAACUUCCCUAAACAGCGCUGCCUUCAGAUGUCUUCAGAAAAUGAAAUGGGCCUCUGUACUAGUCUAGAUAUGCAUGCUAAAUAAAGAUUGAAAUCCUUUUAUUCAAAUAAGAUUGGUUUCAUUGGAAAUACUUUAUUUCCAUUCGAAAAUUCUAGGCAGCUAACAACCAUCCCAUAAAAAUGAUAAUCAGAAAACUUUAAACGAAAACAAAACAAAAGGUUGCUGAUAACACCGGCAUAGUUUUUUUUUUGAGGUUUAAAAACAAUGGUGUGCAAAUAUACUGUUGAUUGAUGGGUUUCAGUUUAAUUCUGAAUGUUUAUAGCUGUGGGACCUUUGGGCCUUUGUGAACCUUUCUUCUCCUCUGAAAUUCUUUUUCCUGUCAUAGCAUAUUUCCCAUAACACAAUCAAUAAUAUCGUCUAUAUAGUGCAUUUCUGAAUAUUGUAAACUCUUACAGCAUAGUACAGUAUUAUUAAUAUUACUGUUAGACAACAUCCAGUGAUUUCAUUGGGAAUGUUAACUGUGGACUCAGCUACAUUAGUGAAAAAACAGUGUUUUGAAUUCGUUAUAAACAUGCAACACCAGGUGGCGGUGGAGAGCAAAAAAAAAAGUUUGUGAUUUUCCAUAGUCUUUUUCCCCCCUUUUUGUUAUAACGAUUCAGUUUCUGACUUAUUUAUAGCAUUUCUUCCACUCUAUAAAGUGCUACAUUUUGGUUGGACUGCAUCCAUUAAUUAUGAUGAUGGUGAUCAAAAUCACAAGUGAUUUUUUUGACAGCUGUUAUAAAAAAAAAGUGACGAGUCUUUAAAGAAAUGUGAAUAAGCGUAUGUAUAUAUCAACAUGUGUUCUUAUCAAUAUCAACAGAUGUUCUUAGAAUACACACCUUACUUUAACCUUGAACAUAACAAAAAGCAAGGCUUUGGUGGACAUUGCUGAAUAUUACCCUCUUCCUUUUCAAACUGCAUUAUGAAAUAGUCUGAGAAUUCUGAGAAUGCAGAAUUUGAGAUACUUAAAUUAGCUCCGCAGCAAUAGACACACACACACCAGUCUAGAGAUUCACAUGUGCUUAAAUGCAUGCAUGAAUCUUUGCAUAUGUUCCAGUGCUUGGACUUGAUCUGUGCAUCUCUAGGGUAUUUUUUGUGGAAACAGAAAUACAGAUCCAUAAAUAAUUUUUGGGUAGUAUCUGGAUAAUAGCCAAAGCACAGCUCAUGCCACUUGGUCUGUUUUUCUGAGGACUUCUGGCUAAUAUUUAUUGAAAGAGGUGUUAUAAGAAAAACUGCUCCUUUUCCCUUAUGAGGUACCCAAGGGCCCAUAUAGAGUCCUUAUGUAGGUUCUCUAUCGGUAGGAGAAAAUAACAGAGGCCAACCAGAGAAUAUUGAGAAGCAAAGCAGCUAGUAAGCCUGAUCUUUAUUAAACUGUUGCAACAGGGUCCCCACUCACCACACGCAGGAGGGAGGAGGAACCUAGAACAAUGGUGUGCAAGCCCUUAUAUAGACUUUUGAAAUUGCCCAGUCUGUAGCUCAAGGCCAUCCCCCAAAACACCAUACAUACUUCACAGAAGGGGCGACCUACAGCAGAAAACCUGUCUGCCAGGAUACCUGAUAAUGGUCACCGACUGCUUUUCCCUGGGCAUCCUGGCCAUUCUUUUGUGGUGGCAAAUACUCAGUUCCUGAAUCCAGGUCAUAGGUAAAGGGACCCCUGACCAUUAGGUCCAGUCGUGGCCGACUCUGGGUUGCGGCGCUCAUCUCGCUUUAUUGGCCGAGGGAGCCAGCGUACAGCUUCCGGGUCAUGUGGCCAGCAUGACUAAGCCGCUUCUGGCGAACCAGAGCAGCGCACGGAAACGCCGUUUACCUUCCCGCCAGAGUGGUACCUAUUUAUCUACUUGCACUUUGACGUGCUUUUGAACUGUUAGGUUGACAGGAGCAGGGACCAAGCAACGGGAGUUCACCCCAUCACGGGGAUUUGAACCGCUAACCUUCUGAUCGGCAAGUCCUAGGCUCUGUGGUUUAACCCACAGCGCCACCCGCGUCCCUAUUCAUACACAAAUAUAUACCCUUAAGACAGGAUUUGUGAGCAAAGAGACAAUGGGGAGGUUUUUCCAUUUCCUUCCUCCUUACAGAGAAACAUUUGAGGUCAAUUUGGGAGAGUCAAAAUGGUUUCAGGACUGUUUUCGUGUACUGUUUCAGACAUGUGGUUUAUAGAUCCAUGCAUGUGUUUGCCUGGUGCAUCCAUGGACAUUUUAUAUCUUAGACCUUAUAAUUUUCAUAACAGAGGAAAAUAAGAAUUACGUUGGGGGCGGUGGUAUAUGGUAAAUGGACUAGUUCCCUAAAUGUUCCCAGUAAAUUAAAGUAUUAAAGCCUGGCGAUGAAUUCCACUGGUUGGGGGGAAAAUGUUCUUCUUUAUAAGGCUGCUGAAUUAAGUUUCUUUAUUAAUGCAAUUAAUAAGGAACAACCUUGUUUACAUUGCAGAUUCCACAACAUACGCACAUUUUCUGUUCAACGCAUUUGACACAGAUCACAACGGAAGUGUGAGUUUUGAGGUAAGCCUGUUUAUUUCUGUUCUUGUCACCUGGUUUCUCUAGUACGAUCUGAUCCAGCCAAAGUUUAAAGUGCCUUUGAUUCCAGUGAGAGGGUUAAGCAUAUUUUUCAGAACUCUCCCACAGAGUUCAACAGGGCUGCACUUCAGUUUUCUGAACUAUCAUGACUUUUCAAAGUUUCAUUAACAACAACGAAGCUGUAAUGUAUAAAAAAGAUACGCAAAUGAUCAGAAAGGUCUUAAAUGGAAUGUGUUGUAUCUUUACUUGCAAUCUGGAUUUAGUAGGACUUACUCCAAGAAAGAAACAGAAAUUACUGUAAAAGCUCAUAAUUGUAUCAAUAUUUUACUAAAUAUGCAAAGAUUAACCGAUGCUUUAAUAGCAUAGUAAAAGCCAAUAAAAUAUUACCUUAGACAAAUUCUGAUUUAUUCUAGCCCUCCUACUUUCAUUCCCCUGUUCCCUGACGAAUUGAUAUCAGUUAGGAAAAGGUUAAAAUGAGUUCUGCUAUGAAACUAGAGAAAGAAGGAAAAGGAUGUGGAAAAGGGAGAUCUUUUAAUUUGCCAGGGUCAAUUCUUCAUCUUCAACUUCCUUCGUCUUCCAAUACAUUCCUUGUUUCUAUAUGUUAUUCUAAAUGUGAGAUUAAAAUAAGGUUAGUAGUAUUUUCCAUGAGGACGAGUGUUUUUCUUUUAAAAUAGGGGUAGUGUCUGCCAGAAGUGACCAGGCUUGGAAUUCUAAAGUAUUUGCUAGCAAUAUGCGGGAUAAAGCCUUUAAGGUUGUGACCCAAAAGCUCAGUCCCUUACAUGUAAGCUGUUUUGACAUCAGUAGCAUGUACAUCUCUAAGUAAAUGUUCUUAGGCUCAGAUAUAAAUCUGCUAUGUUGCUAGGGGUGAAUAAAUAAUCUCCGUCUGGUUUCCUCAGAUGACACAAGUGAAAUAUGCGUUAACCCUGUUGAAAAAAGAGACGCUGUUUGUUUACCGUGGUUCUCUUUCCCUCCGUCGAAGUGUUCCUUACACAUUCUUUUCAACAGACAGGGGCGAAAAUAUAGGGGACCUAUUGCUAGGUUUGUUUAAUCACAGGCAAUUCCCAGUCCUGUCCCUGAAUGCUUGUCCGUCAACUCUCAUGUCAAAAUGGCUUUCGGAAAGCUCGUGCUGCCGACCAGCAGAAUGGCGGAUGCCUUCAUUUGCAGCUUGGGAACAUCUCCUCUUUUCUUUCUAAUCUCAGAGUAUCAGAGCCCAGAGAGAGGCUCUUGGCACCAACACUUCAAAACAGAUCCCAUGAAAUCUUUUAUGUGCCUGUCUGCUGAUCCAUCCUUUCUAUUGUCUGGAGCAAAAUAUGAAGGAGUAGGGUUUUUUGGUCAUCUUUUCGCCUCCCUUAUAGCUCAAACGGUAUUUUGGUGCUUGUGAACAAUGCUAUAUGAAGAGUGGGAGAUUUCUGAAAGGAGUAUGAGUUUGAAUAGGCAGGGAGGAAAGCAAACAGGUUUACCAACAGAGCUAUUUUCAGACGCAGUCCUAUUAGCGUGCCAACCAGAACGACCAGAUUCAGGUUUUUUGUUUCCUAUCACAUCACAACAGAACAGCCACAAGAAAGCCGUAAUUUUUUUGUUGGCUUUCUUUAGGAUGUUGCUGCAUUAUAAUGUUUAUAAAAUACAGGAAUGCAUCAGGCCUUCACAAUCUUGGUCUUUGUUACUGGCUAUGUUAAGAAAGUUAUUUUCAUUUUACACAGGCCAACAUGCACUUAGCUCCAGCAAAUGUUCUCUCUGUGUGUAAGUCCGAUGGACGGUUCUAAUCCUUGAUUCCAACGAGUGCUAAUGGGGCUGCCGGUGAUUAUAGUGCCUCAUGGAGCCUCUUCCCUUGGGGUUUUAAGCCGAUAAAAUCAGGAUGUGCCAUGAAUUAGCUAGAUUGGGUUAGAGGUUGGGGAAAGAGUCUGCAUUUUCCUGAGUCUUUUUCCCGAUAUGCAGAGCCCACAAGAGUAUUGUUCAUUGAUCAACAUCGAGGUCAGCAACUACAACCUCACCUUUCUUGCUCUGUUUGAUGUAGUUUUGCUUUACAUAAAAAAAAUAAUGGGAGCCUUGUUGGAUCAAGCCAAAUGCUUGCCUCCUAUUUCAUCCUAGUCUCACAGUGGCCAACCAGAAAUAAAUUCCCAGUAACUUUCAGAUUACUUUUAUUCCUCUCGGGAUGAAGCUUCUAUAUUACUAAAUUAAUUGAGUUUAUUGCCCAUAGGCUAACGCACAAGUGCAGAAGAAGACUACUUUCUCAUACAAAAUUGGAUGUACCACUUAUUGUUUGUUCUAUUUUAGGCCACCCUCCAGUAUAAAUAAUCCCAAGGUGACUCACAGCUGUUUUUACACUUCUAUAAUGUUGUUAUCAGGAAUUCUCUGUAAUAAAAUAGUUAUUCACUGUAUGUUCAAUAGGCCAGUCCUGCAUGCUCAGCCCUAGUUGCUUUUGUUAUUUGUGCUUGUUCUUGCCGGGACAGGGAUAGCUCAGUCAGUAGAGCAUGAGACUCUUAAUCCCAGGGUCACGAGUUCAAGUUGUGAAAAAAGAUACCAGCAUGGCAGGGGGUUGGACUAGAUGACCAUCAUGGUCCCUUUCAACUCUACAGUUCUAUUAUUCUAUACUUAGCCAUUGGUCCCUAACUUUGGACUGUCAGCUUUCAUGCUUUGGGUCUUCCAUGCGAGGGAUGGAGGCAAAACUGCCAUUCUGUUUUGAGGUCAACCUUGUUUGGUUUUGGUUUCUGCAGAUAUUUUUUAAAAAGCAGCCUCGUUAUGAUGGCAAAUUUUGCAUCUCAACCACAGACACACGCACACGGAGAUAAUAGAAGUAUAGGGUCACCAAGUCCAAACCUCUGCAUUGCAGGACUCACAGCAAAAUAGAUGGAAAUAGAUCUUUUAUUAAUCCACCAUCUUGCUCUCUUUCAGGAUUUUGUUAUGGGCCUUUCAAUUUUACUCCGGGGGACGGUACAAGAAAAACUCAACUGGGCUUUUAAUCUGUAUGAUAUAAAUAAGGACGGCUGUAUAACUAAAGAGGUGAGGAGACCAUUUCACUCACUGUAAUUUGAAAACACUUGUCAUUCCCCCCCCCAUUUUUUAUUAGUUUUCACAAUAUUAUAAACAAACAAACAAACACACACACAAGACAAACAAACAUAGCCUUAUUGAAAAUUACAGUUAUUAACUUUAAGUGACUUCCUCGCUUCCCUUUGGUUGAAUUUCAUUGCAUGCCCUUUUAACAGUUUUCCAAAUCCCAAUUUUUAUAAAAUUUAACUUAAGCAUUAACAUCCUUAGAUCUUCACCUUAUGAAAUUAAACAUAUUAAUUCAUCACUUAACAUAAAUAAAAUCCUUAGCCCAUUAAGUAUCUGCAAGCUAUUUUCAGUUAGUUUAACUUAGCAAAUUUAACUACAUAAUCAUUAAAUUUAUUCCAUUCUUCCUGAUACUCCUCCUCCUUCUGGUCGCGGACUCUUCCGGUUAGGUCGGCUAGCUCCGAAAAAUCCAUCAUCUUCAUCUUCAUCACUUGUCAUUAAUUGCAUGUAACGGGGCUGCUGUUUAUUGGUUUUAGUAGAUUAAUUCCAGGACUAGGGACUGCUAUCCCAAAUGGCUGUAGUCUAAGAGGCGAAUAACAGGAUCCCUUGUAUACAGAACAUUGGGACUCACUCACCUCUGCUCCAGUGCGAGAUCUCGUGAUAACACUGCCAAAUGCUUCUGCUUCAAGCAUCUGCUUGGGUUGCUUCCGCACUCAAGCUAACCUCUCCAUGCACACCAGUCACCUGCCCACCCAGGCUAAGUUAUGCAAACAGCCAAAUCAAGCGCUAAAGUUGCCGUCAUUCCAUUUCUGUCGGCAUGUGUGUACAUUUGCAAGUUUGAGUACUCACUCGGAAGCAAACUCUCUCCAAACAAGGGAGAGAAGAAAAUUCAGUAUAGCAAAAGGCGGCAGGACAGCAAACCUACAAGAGGGAGUGAGCAAGUGUCUGAUUUGGCCAAAUAACCAUUUGAAAUGAAAUUUAAUUCAGAUUUGUCCCUGCCAGCUGCUUGACUUUGUUUAGUGUCUUCUUUUCAAUGCAAAUUGAACCUCUGUUAAGUAUAAAGACCGAGUCUCCUUACUUUAAAUGGAAUUCACUCAGCAUUCCAAUAAUGGGAGGGGUUUGCUAUGAUGGUUCCUGAAACAAGAGGCACAAUGGGGUUUAUCUCAAUCUUCUGCUUCCACCUGAUGGCCAUUUCUUACACUGCUUUUGAAAGAGGCAGGUGGAAUAUUAGGGGAAAUAGUGUGCUCGGUCCCUGCUCCUACCAACCUAGCAGUUCGAAAGCACACAGUGCAAGUAGAUAAAUACUUCCUUCGGGAAGGUAAACGGCGUUUCUGUGCGCUGCUCUGCUUUGCCAGAAGCGGCUUAGUCAUGCUGACCACAUGACCCGGAAGCUGUACUCCGGCUCCCUCGGCCAGUAAAGCGAGAUGAGUGCCGCAACCCCAGAGUCAUCCGUGACUGGACCUAACUGUCAGGGGUCCCUUUACCUUUACCUGGGUCAGAUAAAAUGCUUCUGUAGGCAUGUAAACAUCUGAUUUAUCCAGAGAUGGCAUUUCUACAGGAAAAUGUGUUUCCACUGCAAAAGACAGCUGGGGAUAGCUGCAACACGCAGCAACUUAAGAAAUGUUGAUUUCUAGCAGUUCAUGCAACUACUUUUUCAUCAUUGCAAAUGAAACAUCUGCACAUUAUUUUUGGGAAGGUUUUUCGCUUCUAUGCUAGCAAGGCUUCUGUCUUGUAAAUGCAACUCUUUUCCCAAUUGUGCAUUUUCCACUGCAUAUUUUCCUGCUCACUUUAAUGUUUUGUUCCCUCCCCAACAGGAAAUGCUGGACAUUAUGAAAGCUAUAUAUGAUAUGAUGGGGAAAUGCACUUAUCCUGUUGUCAAAGAAGAUGCCCCAAGACAACACGUGGAAACGUUUUUCCAGGUAGGUAAGAUUUGAGGGGAGGGGAGCCAGGUGAAAUGAUGGUCAUAAUUAUCGUACUGAUAGUUUGCAGUGUGGCUAUGUAACCUGCUCUUCUUGCUUUGUUGCCUAUACUAAUUUGAUUAAGCAAAUCCCCUUCCUUCUUCAUUUCCGUUUUUGUCUUGCCUACUUUGCAAGUCUUUCAUUUGGGUGGGUAAAAUGUUUGAGACGCCCGCAAAUUUGAAGCUCAGCACCUGUGAUUUGUUAAAAGAAAUAUAAAAUGUCGGCGAGUGUAGGAGUAGUUUCUUAGGUAGCCAUUAUGCUAUCACCUGUCCCCAAACCUGGCUUCUCAUAGAAAUGAAAGGCGGCAGUCAUAACCGGAGAACAACAUUACUUAAGCAAGCAUUUCUUCUUUGGCAGAAAAUGGACAAGAACAAAGAUGGUGUGGUCACCAUAGAUGAGUUCAUUGAAAGCUGCCAAAAAGUGAGUAACCGGUAUAUUCGUAGUGCUUUGCUCUUAUGACACAAUACAAAACCGCAGUAGGAAGCUGCGGCAUGUACGGUAUUUCACAAAUUGUCCAUAUUUUAGAAAACACAUUUAUUAUUUCAUAGAAUCAUAGAGCUGGAAAGGCCAUUGGGAGACCAUGUUCACCUGUCCAGCUCCUUGCUCAGUGCAAGAAAUCCAGAGGUGGCACAUAUUCCAACAGAUGUUGACUGAAGACUACCAGGAAGGGAGAGCUUCUACGUAACUGGCUCCAUUGUCAAACUGCCCACACCAAAAAGUUCUUUAUGUAACCAGAAUCUCUCUCCUCCUUCAACUUAGCUCAUUAGAUCUAGUCCUCCUCUCUGAGGCACCUAGUAACAAGGCUUCAUCGGAUUCUAUAUGACAGUCCUUCAGGUAUUUGAAGAUAGUGUCAGCCUAUCCUGCCCUGUCUUCCUUCCCCCAGGCUGAACAUUCACAGUUUCCUUCUGUGAGAAUCAAUAAGAAUCCAAUAUCCAGCAAGCGUUUCUCUAACAUGCAACAGGGCAGGCCUCGGAGAUCACACUGGAUGUUGUUACUCAACAUGCUCCUUAAUUAUUUGAGAAAAUGUCAGAACAUAUAAAAUGUAUAUCCGGUAAACCGAAAUAAUUUUAACAAGAUGCCAUAAAGACUGAAGCAGCAGUGGCACAUUCAAUAAAAAAGAACAGUCACUUUUCAGAGAAGGCCCUUUGAGAUAAAAACCCUUCACUUAUCAAUGGUUGUCCAGGCAAUUUCUCUAAGCUGGAGAAUAGUCUCUUUGUUCCCCAUUUCAUCAGUAUAAAUAGAACACAGAGGAAGGCCUUCCUCUGCCAAAGUCAUAUCUAGUGGUUGGCAAAGUUACCUUUUCCCACUGUAGCCAAAGUGCACUGGAAAAAUCAAUGCACAGUUGGGAGGCUCAUACCCUGGUGUUUUAAGGUGUACAUUAGGAUGGAAAUCAUGUCAAAGCAAAACAGCAAAAACCCUAAAUUUAAGUUGUUGAAUAUGUUAUACCAUAAGCCUGCAACUUACGCACCUUUAACUUGUGCUCAUUCAUCUUUAUGCACAUGGCAAAAUAAAUAAAUAAAUGGGGGCAGAAACGGGGCAACGUUUGGGGGAUGCGACUUUGGCAAUCCCGCCCACCACUGAUCCCAGUAUGCUUUGACUAUACGUUAUUUUGGCUCUAGGCGUGAUCCCCGGAACAUAACCCCUGCGUAAAUUGCAGGAUUACUGUAUUUAAAGUAGCUUAUUAAUUCAUUUGGAUAAGACAACAUUUUACUGAGAAUAAAAUGAACAAGCAAGUCACUUGUCUGUCAAUAAUCCCAAGACCUUUGCACUCGUUGGCCAAGAAUAGGUAAGAAGAAAUUUACCUUUUACCAGUGAACUGUGUAGGAUAUUGCGUGCCUAUUUCCCCUUGAUUUCCAAAAGGGUUUCUUUUUAAAAUAAAAGCUAAAAGUUAAGGGAGCAGAUCUGAUCAACCUCAAACACAACCUGUGGCCCUGGUUGGCCUUCCCCUUUCCUUGCACAUUCUGUGUGAGAGCCAGAGGUUUCCCACUGGCUUCUUCUGCAGUAGCGGUUGUGGCGCAUCUCAAGAACAGCAGAAGGUUGACAUGGCUGCUGAACCUCUUAAGCCAAUUCCUACAAAGUUCUGUGCCUGUUGCCUCCAUUGUGUUUUAUCAAGAUUUUGCUAUAAACAGCAAGGUAUAUUUGAUAGACAGAAGCAGUGCAAGUUACAUGUUUAAUUUUUAGACUUGUGAUUGCAAUUGUAUGCCAUCGCCAAACUUUAGCAGCUCCCCACAAUGUUUUCUCUGUAAAUUAUUUGUGAUAGACUGUAAGCAGCAGGUACUAUUAGCAGAACAAUGUGUCUUCAAACGUACUGGGGCCUGUAUAGAACACUGGGCAGACCUGUGGCCUGCAUCACAUAUAAACUAGGCUUUAGAGCAAAACUGCACAGUCAGCAGACUUGCAGGAUUUGUGACAGUGGUAUAGGAGAAAUCUAGUCAAAGAAAAUAAUCAAAAAUCCCACUUGGAAGCCCUUGGACAUACCCAGAGUAGAUACUAACGUUUAGCUGCUUAUGACACUGAAAAUGUAUAAAGGGUGUGGUUUUUCAGCCUAAGGAGGAAAAUAUUGGAUUAAAAAUAUUUCUGACUUUUCACUUUCAGAUUUUAAAUCUCUUUCUCAGAUGAGAUGUCUCUUUCUUACAGGAUGAAAAUAUAAUGCGUUCCAUGCAGCUCUUUGAAAAUGUGAUCUAACUCGACGCGGUUCUUUCUUCAAUAAAUGGACGGUAUGAACAAUCCUGCAACAACAAAUCCAUAAUGCUGUUGCCACUUUUACCAUGAAACAGGAUUGCUCAGCUUUACACGGAUGUGUAUAAUGCAAAUAAGUUUCGUUUAAUCAAAGCCUUCCUACGGAGACCGUAUUUUUCCAGUAGUUGAGGUCAAAUAGUUCUCUUAAACAAUGCUCACGUAGUUGUCCUUAAAAAAACUUCAUUUGAUUCAGAGAACAAUCCAAAGAAACCAAAAUGAAAACGGAAUUACUGCAUCCAAAACUUCAUAGGAGAUAUCCAGGAGAGAGGAAGAGGGCAGGAUCUGUUACUUGUUUCUAUUAGAUGAGUUUAUUAGCUAUAAAACUCUUUCAUUUUAUACUCCCUUGUGUAUGAACGCAAUCUUACACAAUUCUCAGUUAAAGGUAUUACAGCUAAUUACAGUUUGGGCACAAUCAUCCUUGUGUGCAGUGGAGUCCUGUUUCCUCUGCCUUCCCCUUAUGCUGACAUCACAACAGAUCAUUACUGGAAAGGGGAGGUCUGCAUGCAUUGAGCCUGCCCGUGUCCCCUAUUCCCCAUAAUGAUGGAGCACACAGCAUACUUGUCAAAUGUAAGUUUGUGCCCAGAGCUGGAAGGGACCCUGAAGGUAAUCUAAUCCACCUCGCCCCCUGCCCAGAAGACACACAGACUCCAUUAUGCUCAGUGGAGAAUCUGUCCACAUAAGGGUUGACCAUCUUUGUGUAGCAACCUGCAAUUAUUUUUUUAACUUCACUAUCAACCCAUUUUAUAAAAGAAUGUUCUUUUUUAUAGUAGAUGGAUACUGGAUCAAUUUAGUGAAUGGUUGCCUAUGGCAAACAUCUUCCAUCUUUAAGAUCACCAGUUUAUGUAAAAUUCUGUCUGAAUUUUAACUAAAGUGUUACGCUCCCACAUAAAGGGUAGAAAUUAGCUUUACAAUGAGUGCUGCUUUGUUUAACUAAAGCAACUGUCCAAGGGAACUGAACUACUACUUUUUAACUGUGGGACUGGCCCAAAAUUAGUAGUAAAAAAGGAACGAAUGUAUUUGUAAGUUUCUAAGCACUCACUGCUCAGGAUACAUAGCAGUAUAGAGUCAUGCCGGACACUGGACUGCAAGUUUUGAAAUUAUUUUCCUCCUCCGACUAUGCUGGAAGAUGCAUAAGUUCAUUAGAACAGUUAUGUAAGAGCAGUGGUGGUAAUGGUUUUUUUUGGAAAGGGGAGGCAACUUUUUUUUCUUUAAAGGCUACUACAGGGAAGAGGGAAGAAGCAUGUGUCAGGAUGGAGCAGCAAUGGGUACAAGCAGGGUCCCUUCCUCCCUGCCUUUUACACAGACAUCAUUGCUGAACUGUAGCCAGCAAAGAGGCGUCUGCCCCCCUCCCCUCCAACAUAUUCAAAUCAUUCUUACAUGCCUGCCCACAAGCAUAUAACUACUGGUACCAGACAAUUGCAAACCUUAAUUGUGACAUUUCUGCACAAAGGAUCUGAAGAGCUUACAGAAGUCCAAAGAGAGCUGCAAACUGUUUUUGCAAAAAUAUAAGUAAAGCAGGCAUCUAUUCUGGUGUAGAGAUGGGAAUGAGGCAUGUUGAAGGCUGCUCUGCUAUCACCAGUGUAGGAAUAUGAGUAGUACAAUACAUGUACACUUGAAAUUUGCUGUAGUGUUUGUGAAAAUUAUAUGUGCAC